GGGGCGAGGUACGGAAGCCGGCGAGGGCGGGCCGCGCCGCUCCUUCGCCAAGCCGGGCGCGCGCGCUGUGAGGGAGCUGUGAGGGAGCUGCCCGGCGGCGCCUGUCACGGCGGCGAGGCGCGUCUCUCUCUCUCUCGCUCUCGCUCCCCGACAGCCUCCGCCAUGGCCGGCUACGAGUACGUGAGCGCCGAGCAGCUGGCCGGCUUCGACAAGUACAAGGUGGGCGCGCUGAGGGGGCGGCGGGGGACCGGCUGGAUGACCUUUGGGGACCCCUCUCCCUCCCCCCUCGUUCUCCGGGCUGCACGCGGGACCCGCCCUUCCUCUCAGGCGCCGGAGGGGCCUCCGCGUCUCCCCGCCGGGGCCUCCUCCUCCUCCUUCCCGGCCCUCCUGCCUUUCCCCUCACAGGGCCGGCCAUGGAAGCCCCCCCCCCCCUGGCCGGGCGCCUGCGGAACUCCCCGCCGGGCAGCAACGCAGAAGGGAGCGAGCGAGCGAGCGGCUGCCACGUGUUUGCCGGUUCUCACGUGCCCGGGCUGCAAGAUGGGCAGAGCCGCUUGGGUGGCUCCUUCGUGCAGCCGCUUCCACGCCGGCCUUCCUGGGUCUCUUCUUCUCUUCGGAAGCCGGCGGGGUGGGGGCGGUUAGGGGGUCAAGCGAGGGCCCGGGAGAGACCCUUCAGCUGGACUGCGAAGCUCCCCGGGUGCGGCCUUGGGCCUCGCCGCCCGACCUCCUUCGCAGGGUUGUUGGGAGGGUGGAAUGAGGCGGCGGAGAAUGCCCUGGGCGCCCCCUGGAGCUCCUUGACCCCAGUCAGUUGAUAGGGUUGUAGAGUUGGAAAGGGACCCUCAAGGGUCAUCUAGUCUGACCCCAGGCAAUGCAGGAAAUAUACAGUUGUACCUUGGGUUACAUACGCUUCAGGUUACAGACUCCGCUAACCCAGAAAUAGUGCUUCAGGUUAAGAACUUGGCUUCAGGAUGAGAACAGAAAUCGCGCUCCAGCUGUGCGGCAGCAGCGGGAGGCCCCAUUAGCUAAAGUGGUGCUUCAGGUUAAGAAGUUUCAGGUUAAGAACGGACCUCCGGAAUGAAUUAAGUACUUAACCCAAGGUACCACUGUAUUGGGAUGCGGGUGGCGCUGUGGGUUAAACCACAGAGCCUAGGGCUUGCCGAUUAGAAGGUUGGCGGUUCGAAUCCCCACGACAGGGUGAGCUCCCGUUGCUCGGUCCCUGCUCCUGCCAACCUAGCAGUUCAAAAGCACAUCAAAGUGCAAGUAGAUAAAUAGGUAACGCUCCGGCAGGAAGAUAAACGGCGUUUCUGUGCACUGCUCUGGUUCGCCAGAAGCGGCUUAGUCAUGCUGGCCACAUGACCCGGAAGCUGUACACCAGCUCCCUCGGCCAAUAAAGUGAGAUGAGCACCGCAACCCCAGAGUCGGCCACGACUGGACCUAAUGGUCAGGGGUCCCUUUACCUUUACCUUACCACUGUAAUCAGAUAGAAUCGUAGGACAGAUUCUCAUUAAUGAUUCCCAUGUGGGAAGAGAGUGUAAGGGGGCAGCUGCAAGCGCAUGAGAAUCCUCUCCUGCAGUGAGCAAGGGGCAGCCUGUGCAUGGUCUCCACACAGAGGACUUGUGACAACUUUUGGGUUAAUCAGGUUUCACCUGUGGUGCCGAGGUUCGCGAGGGACCUUACACAUCCCCAAAGAGUCAACAUGCGUUCUUCUCCUCCGUCCCCAUCCCUGCUGUUAAUUUAAGUUUUCCAGACAUGUGCUGACUGUCAGGGCUUCAUCUGGUGAAAGAGCCAUGUGGGAGUAAAUGGUGGAAUUGCGAAAUCUCAGCGGCUUAGUUCAGGCAAUGCCAAAUGUUAGUUCCUUUGGCAAGGAGCAGAUUGCAGGGCGUGGCUGGUAGUUACAACUCGGUGGCGGAGCAGUCGCGGGUUCAAUCCCCAUCCUCUCCAAGUCGGGCUCAAAAAGACUCAUUGUCCAAAGUCCUGCGAAGCCAUCGCUUUCUGUGUCAACAAUACUCAGCUAGAGGGACAGUGAUCAUGACUCAGUAUUUAUAUCCCACCUUUUUGGCAAGGAGCACAAGGUGGUGUGCCUACUUCUCCCAAUGUUAUCCUCAUGGCAACCCUGUGAUAUAUAGGGGUUUUUUUAUGAUACAUCAUGGCCAAGUGGGUGUUUGAAUCCUGCUCUCCCAGGUCAUGGUCUGGCCCUCUACCCACUACACCACGCUGCCUUUCUUAGCAAUGUAGUGGCCAAACCACUCCUGCCUUUCCUCCCAAUCUUGGAGCAGGGUAGAGAUGCCUAUGAAACUCCAGGGCUGAUCACCACCAACUUUUGCAGCUCCAAGGCUGCGAAGGAGGCUCAGCUCCCCACGCUCCCCAGAUGAUUAAAUGAGUCAGGGGAAAACCAUGUAUGCCACCUUGAGCUAUUUGGAGAGGAAGAUGGGCUAAAAAUGUCACCCUGAGCAUCUCGGAGCUCCUUGGCUGAGUGGCAGCCAAAUGGGCGGCUUCAUUUUCCCAGGGAAAGGACGACUGGAGUCUUGCUUGGCAGCCAUGCGGCUGAGACACCUGGAGCACAUUGCCCAAGAGAGGACCACACAGGCUAGCUGCAGGCCUCCUGCUCUUGUUGGAAAAUGAGAUUGGGCUGGGGCUUCCUUAGGCACAAACUGUCCAGAGGCAAAGGCAGGCUGUCACCCUUUUUUUAUCUUUGUGAACAAGGCUAGUCAAAAAUUGUGCCUCCCUGUAGAUGAGUGGUUUGAGUGGAGGAAACCGUUUCAGUUUGCAAAACAGACCCAGUAGUGGGAUUUUCCUACAAAUGUCUGUAACUCUCCUGAUGAUAUUUUAGGGAUUGGGGUUGGUGAAAUACAAGGGGGACGUGUAACCAACUGCUUCUCUGUGUCCCCAGUCUGCUCCCCCAUUCUCUUUCUCUCCCCCCCCCACAACCGCUUACUGUUCUUCCUGUUUCCAUCCUCCCUGCUCACAAAGGCGAGGCCCAGCAUAAAUGUUUGUCCUCAGAGGUUAAAAUUCAUGCUGCCCUGUGCGCGGGUGGUUUUGCUCAAUGCCCCCUCGCUUUUCUCUCCUGCUGUUCUCCCCUUGAGCAAGUGCAUUCAUAUACAAUUCUUAAUUUUUCUGGUGCUUUGGAGGGUCGGAGGAGUGUUUUCUUGUUUUUCUUGUUUUUUACUUCUUUAAAUCUUGGGGUAGAUAGAAUGCCUCUGUCUUUCCUUUCAGUUGUGCAGUUUUGCAGUCAGAACGACUGGCCGGUCACCAUGGUUCUGCAGUCCAUUGGGACUGUGGUUUUCUGCACAAAUCAUUCCUCUAAAAAUCCACCUCUGAGUGGUCACCCACAUCCCUUUCAGUUUGCUUUGUCGUAGUUGCUGAACCUUAGGCAUAAGAAGGCACCCGGUCUUGUCUGUGGUCCAGAUUGCCCCCUUAGGAAUAAACCUUUUUGCUUCCAUCUGCACCUUUCUGCCAUAUGUGAGACUCAAAUGGUCAGACUUCCUUUCUCUAAUAGAAGCUGGUUCAAUAAGAGACAGUUUUGAAUAUUGCUGCGUGGUGCCGACAUGCUUAUCUGCAUGUCUUGCCAUUUUUGCCGAUAGCUGUGGAUUUGGAGUGGCCUGAUUAUUACCAGCUUAACUUGAGGGGGCCGAGUCACUUGAGAUUUUUGAAUUGCUCUUGAGAGUUAGAGGAAUGAGCUGAUUAUCUGAGAGGCAGCCUUUUGGGGGGGGGACGCAGCCUCCUUGUCAACAGGAGGAGCUCAUGUCUGCAUCUUAGAACGUGAGACGAACCCUGCAGGAUCACACCAAAGGCCCACCUGGUCCAGAAUCCUGUUUUCUUCUGUUAUCUUCCAGGGGGCACCUCCUGCUGCUGUUCCAAGCAACUGGUAUUCACCUGCGUGACACUGGUAUUCACCUGCGUUUCAAUGAAUCCGGGGACACUUUUUUUUUUUUUUUUUUUGAAGCUGAGUAGCAACAGGGAGUCAGUAGUGGGCAAGGGACGCGGGUGGCGCUGUGGGUUAAACCACAGAGCCUAGGACUUGCCAAUCAGAAGGUCGGCGGUUCGAAUCCCUGCGACGGGGUGAGCUCCCAUUGCUCGGUUCCUGCUCCUGCCAACCUAGCAGUUCAAAAGCACAAAGUGCAAGUAGAUAAAUAGGGACCGCUCUGGCGGGAAGGUAAAUGGCGUUUCUGUGCGCUGCUCUGGUUCGCCAGAAGCGGCUUAGUCAUGCUGGCCACAUGACCUGGAAGCUGUAUGCCAGCUCCCUCGGCCAAUAAAGCGAGAUGAGCGCUGCAACCCCAGAAUUGGCCACAACUGGACCUAAUGGUACCUUUGCUACCUUUACCUAGCAACAGGGAGUCAGUAGUGGGCAUGGUGAGGAAAAAGACCCUGGGCCCAAGCACACAUGCAUAUUGUAUAAAGUUGCAAAGCCCUUCUUUUGCACCCUGUGAAACAUAAAUGCGCAGAGUUUUACCCCAUCAGUCAAAACAAAGGGGAAAGGAGAUCUGUACUGCCAGACGUCCCCGGUUCCCCUUCAGCAGUGGCAGCGGCAGUCAGCAGCCCGUAGCCAGCCUGGUAGUACAGUUGGCUCUGGCGGGCUUCAGGAGCUGCUCGCUGCCGUGGCACCCUCCAUUUUUCCUCACACGAACUCCUCAUAUGAUGUGUUACGCACAAGACACAUCAUAUGGGGCCUUCUGGCAAGGAAAAAUGAUGGGCGCCACAGCAGCGAUCAGCUCCUGAAGCCAACCAGAGCCAACUGGGCUACCAGGCUGACUCUGGGCUGCUGACUGCCACUGCCAUGUUUCCCAGGGACAGAUUUGCAAAUCUGGGGACUGUCCCCGGGAAACGGGGACGUCUGGUAACCCUACCCUAAAUGUCUGUUUAAGCCGUUGAAGUUGAUGGUGGUUGCAACAUCUUAAGAGUAUCAGAUUCCAUAGUUUAGCCGUGUAUACAUUAUGUGAAGAAUGUUCUCUGAUCAUUUUGGUUGCCUUUUUUUGCACCUUUCCCACCUUCUGUAUUCUAAUAUCCUUCUUCGAUGCAGGAGCCAGAAUCAGUGACUUGGACCAGAAGCAGAUUCAAAGGUCUCUCAACUCUGAAUAAUCACAGUGCUGCCGCCUGUUACAAUCCUUUUCUCCCUGUCCAAACAGGCUAACCACCUAAUUGUAGUUUCUGUGGGGCUUCAGUUUUGAUUUCCAAGAAAGCAAAUAACAAAGCAAAUAACAGGAGACCUAGGAACUUUAAGCUGCCUGAGGACAAAAUCAGAUAUUUUUUUCAGAUAGGAAAUUGGAUCUUAUAACUGUGAUGGUCACCAAGAAAAAACAGAUAAUGUGUAGGCAAUUUCCGUUGAAGGUGAAGGCUGUCUGGAUUAAACUUUCAUUAGACACACAACACAGUUGUUUGUCCCUCUCUCCUGACCUCAUUUUCAUUGGUUUCGUUGCCAGGGAAAAUACCCAAAAGCCUGUCCAGAAAGAUUUAUAUAGCUCCUGCCCCGACCCAUAUUGGGGCAGCCGGAAUAAUACUUUCACAAGGAUAAGUCAGUGCACAUGCACACAGAUUUAAUAAUCCAUCCUGUUAUCAAAACCUGAUUUAUGGAAAAUAUGAAUAUUUAUUCUGUAGUGAUUAUAACAGACCAUAACUCAGUCGGCAGAGAUGCGCAUGUUUCGGGAAAUUUUGAAUAAGACACUUUCUGGAAAAUUUUCUAAUAAUCCUAAAUCAAUCAGAAUCCGACUAGCAUGUCUAGAUUAUUUGUAAUUUAAUGCUUCCCUCAUCCAACCCCAAGUGUUCACACACAUUCAUAAAACACAUUAGUGCGCAUUAUAUAUUGAAUGCUUUCAAGGGUUGUUCACCUGGAAAAUUGAAGCACAACUUUCAGAUUGUCCAACUUGACUGCUGUACUCUUUUUUAAAUUUUUAUUUAACAGAUUAAUUUCACGAAACGAGGCAUUUCUAAAAGUGGAACAUGUUAUUUGGUAAAACGAGGUAUCAGUAAUGGAAAAAUUUCCAGCCCUUUCACUGGUGCUCAAGUUACUCUGUUGAUUUUUUUGCCACUAAAUUGCAUUGUGGUUUAAUGAGUGGUUCAGGAUUUCCUCCCCACCAGCUCCCCACUUUGUCUGCUGUGGGGUAGAAGCUUGCCCCAAGCAGAUGGGGCUGUGCAGCCUCCUUUGCAAUUGACUCGAACGCUGCAAGAUUCAAUUAAAGAGUUGAUUCCAGGUUUUCCUGUUGGAGCUUAAACUGAAUACUCAUACAAGGUUAUCCUGGGGACACUGAUCUGAUGGUCUUUAAUUGCAACAGCCCCAUCGAACUCCACUGUUGACAGCAGCAUGGGUGGCAGCCCGGGCUUGUCCUACUCAGAGUAGACUCCUUGAAAUUAAUAUAUGACUUUUGUUUAUUUAUUUAGAGCAUUUGGCACCCCGCUCUUCAGCCAAAAAGGCUCCCAAUCGAAGCAAUACAGUCCCUACCCGCACGCUUACAAUCUAAACCCCACAGCACACAAGGAAAAAGGAACAGGGUGGGCUGAGGAAAAUUAAAACUCAGGCACCAGAUUCUAAACCAGGGGUCGGCAAAGUUUUUGUGGCUUGGGCCGGUUCACGGUCCCGCAGAUAGUGCGGUGGGCCAGCGUGUGUGCACGCGCGCAUGCACGCAUGUGCAAACGCUAUUUCCAAUGCGGAGGAGGCAUGCGCAGCUUCCUGCAGCCAAUGGGAAGCCGGCCAGUGUCACGGAAGGCAGUCCCCGCUCUGUUCCGUGCCGGUUUAGCGCGGCACACGGGAGCUGACCGAGCGGGCGGCAGGGGUCCAUGGGCUGGUUAAAUGACCCCCACGGGCCGCUUGUGGCCCAUGGGCCUUAGGUUGCCAACCCCUGUUCUAAACACUUGCUCCGAUAAUGAUCUGCUGGCUUAGUUCAGGGGCAGGAGGUGCCUGAUGGAGCGAGCUCUGCUUUUCAGGUCUUCCACUGUUGCGGAUCUGCUCUUGGACCUUGUUGACUACAGGCCUGUGUUUCAGAAUACCAGCUGGGGGGAAUCACAGGUGGGGAGAGUGCUGCUCUUGGGUUCAAAUCCUGCUUGUGGGCUUCCCUUUGGGGCAUGUGCUUGCUUGCUGUGAGAACAGGAUGCCGGACUAGAUGGGCCAUUGGGCUGGCCCAGAACGCUCCUUUUAUGUUCUUAAGAGAAACUUCCUGGUAGCAAAACAGCCUUCUAGAGCAGACACCCCAGUGCUUGUCUCUUCGGGAAGCCCCUUUUCCUGUCAGAGCCGAGGUUGGAUUGUAGAGCUCUGCUGCCUGUUUUCUUCAGGGGUUCUAGGUAAGCAAGGAAUUUCCCUGCCCUCUCAUGCACGCCUUUGCACACUCCCCAAAACAAAGAGGCAUUGUGCGGCAGCCCUGGCUUCUUAACGUUCAGAGUCCAAGCUGGAGCUGCGUGAGGCUCACGCUGCCGUCCUGUGACCCUGGCUCUCUGGAUCCUACUUCUUCUCCAGGAUGCAAAGUCCUCCACUCUUCCGGUUUCCAGCUCGAUGCCUCUGGGUGGAGAGUUUAAGGGGAGCGAUCGGUUCGCUUCAUUCACUUGGACAUGAGAACAAGCUGUUGCUGGAACGAGUGGGAGGUUUCCGAGAAGCCAAAGCGGAGCUGAAUGCUGUGUUAAACGAUGGCUUUUCACGGGGCAGCUUUUGCCUCUUAUUAUUAGGAAGCAUAUGGAGAACACCAAGAUAAGGAUGUGGCAACAAUACCUUAAGCUUCUCAUGCCCUGGUAUCUGUGUUCUCUGUUCAGUCCGCACCCCAAAAUCUGCAUGCGUUUGACAUGGUUUUAUUAGGUUGCGUUACUGGAAAGCCGUUUGCUUAAAUCAAGCAAUUCCUAAGCAAUCAAAUAAUUAUAAUGACUAACUUGUAGCAGAGCAAAUUCAAUGUAUGUCUUCUCACCUUUCCUCCCAAAGGUAUGUGCACUUUGGCCCCAGGUGUAUGAGGCUGGGUAUAUCACAACAGCUAAAAACCUGUGCGUUGUCAGGGCUCAGAAUCCAUGCCUUUGUUGAAUUGGCACGCCAAGCUUUUGCCUUUUAAGAGCUGGGAAUCUUUUAGCAAGAGGAAGGGGUGGAAUCGUGGAGCUGUAGAGUUGGAAGGGACCCCAAGGCUCAUAAAGUCUGACCCUCUCCUCCUCCAUGUAUUUGUCUAAUCGUCUUUUAAAGCCAUCGAGUUUGGUGGCCAUGCCUGACUGCCUACAGGUGUGCACUGCUUGAAUAAAUUCUUUUAUCUGUCCUGAGCCUUCCAACAUUCAGCUUCAUUGGAGCUGAUGGGAAUUAGGAGUCCCAACAACAUUUGGAGGGAUGCACAGUUCCCUCCUCUGCAUUGCUGUUGUUUAGUCGCUUAGUCGUGUCCAACUCUUCGUGACCCCCUGAACCAGAGCACGCCAGGCACUCCUGUCUUCCACUGCCUCCCGCAGUUUGGUCAAACUCAUGCUGGUAGCUUCGAGAACACUGUCCAACCAUCUCAUCCUCCAUUGUCCCCUUCUCCUUGUGCCCUCCAUCUUUCCCAACAUCAGGGUCUUUUCCAGGGAGUCUUCUCUUCUCAUGAGGUGGCCAAAGUCUUGGAGCCUCAGCUUCAGGAUCUGUCCUUCCAGUGAGCACUCAGGGCUGAUUUCCUUCAGAAUGGAGAGGUUUGAUCUUCUUGCAGUCAAUGGGACUCUCAAGAGUCUCCUCCAGCACCAGAAUUCAAAAACAUAAAUUCUUCGGCGAUCAGCCUUCUUUAUGGUCCAGCUCUCACUUCCAUACAUCACUACUGGGAAAACCAUAGCUUUAACUAUACGGACCUUUGUUGGCAAGGUGAUGUCUCUGCUUUUUAAGAUGCUGUCUUCUGCAUUACAGUGAUGCUAAACGCAACACUUCGGUGGCCAUUUCUGGCUUUGGAGACAUUGUUUACUCCUCUUCAACCAUGGAGGCAAUCCUACAGCUGCAUUGAAACUAGAAACUCUGGCCUGUGUGAGAGAGGCUGAGAGAAACCUAAGCCUCUGAGCCUGGCCACUUCAGUGAUAUUCUAGACCUCUUUAGGAGGAAACCUGUCUUCGGUUUCUGGAUAUACGAGGGCUGGGCCAACAUGCAGGCUGAGUAAUGGCUCAGUAAGACAUAAAUCAUUGUUCACUUAGGAACAUAGGAAUCUGUGCACAUGGUGGACGAUGCCAGGGAAAGCAGCACAAAAACAAAUUCUGAAACAGCACCGUUUUCGUAGGAACAGGAAGCUGCCUUAUACAGAUGUUCCCAGUUCCACCUGGCUUGACCCUGGGACCUUCAGCGAAGCAGAUGCUCUCCUGCUACUGCCCUUGGUGAAGGGAAGAAGGAGCAGGAAGACAGUACUUCAGAAAGAUACACAGGGACACUUGCCGUCUGGUUGUAUUAAAGCCGCAAACAUAAACAUUGAAUUAAGAUGCCCAUCCCAUAAUAUCAGACAUACGGGGCUGGCUUGUGGCUGCUGCAUUUCUUACAGUUUACUACUGCAAUCUCAUAUACGGCACUCUUAACUUUCCCCUGGGGUCUGCAAGACUAAAAAUAAUUUGCUCCCCUAAGCGUGCUACCUUUAUGUUCAGCAAAACAACUGUCAGCUGGUUUGAGAAAAGGGCGCUCAGUAGGAGGAAUCCUCUCCUAUCCUGUCCUCUCCAAACCCAGGAAGGUGUUAACGCACAUGAAGUCGCGUUGGCUGUAGGAUUUCAUCUCAGUUUGCAGUUCAGAGAAGGUCAUGUGUGUCUCCACCACCAAGCAAGUUAUUUUGAUGUGGAGCUUAUUUUGAUGGAGUUAUUUUGAUGUGGAGCAAAUCGUUGUUGUGGGAUUUGUAGUUGGUGUAAGGAUAAAAGCGGGUGGCGGGGGGAGAGAAGAGAACCACAUAGUCUAUGUUGCUGGGAUUACUGGAAAUCCUGACUUGUUUUUAGUGAGAGGAAGGAGGAAGUUAUAAAGGGGAAAGAUGGUGCAGCGAUGGAUAGGUGAGAGUCUUGUGGUGAACGGAGUAAGGAUCCCAGGACUGUGGAACUGGCGCACAGUGGCAAAUAGAAAUUGCUCUUUUUUAAAAUGUGCUUGAGCUGUGGUGCAAGAUUUCUAAGGAGCAGCAUCCUUUGGUCUGCAGGAGGGGAAAGGAUGAGACAUUGGCAGCCACCCUGGGACCUGGACAGCAGGAAGCUAGGAUGGAGAUUGCAAGCGCAGUUUAAGAACGUAUGAACUGCUCUAGGGCAAACAUAUCACACAUUCACAUCUGAAAGCAAGGCUGCUGGGUGCUUGGGUGUGGUUCUGUGUUUGGGGGGCGGGAGGGCGAGGUGGCGGUGGAUGCGUGGGUAAGCAAGAAUCCAAAAGACUUGGGAGGAGGGAAGAGUGAUGCAAUGGCUGAUAGCUGGAGAAGGAGAUUGGGUCAGGGACUGCCUCUUUUGUAACUUUUGGUUACAGGUAGCUGUUGGCAAUAUUGCAGGUGUUUCUUGAAGCUCACUUGGGGUUGGAAGCUAGCCAGGAAGGUUGGGCAGGGCCACUUUCUCUGCAACUCAAGGAGCAAGCUGGGGAUUGGCAUGCACUAUCUUGUUUUUUUGUUGUUUUUUAAAUGAUAUUUAUUAAGGUUUCCCAAAAAAAGGUUACAUAUAUAGAAAAAAGAAAAAUAGAGAAAAAAGAAAAUACAAAAUACAUAAAAAAUAAAAGAGACUUAAAAAACAAAUCAAUCUUUCCAUACCUUACAUUUCAUUUACUUGUUUCCCUGACCUCCUCUCGCCUCCCUUUUUUGUAUUCCAGUUCAGUUGAUUAAUUCAGCAAUUCCUUUCCCUCUUUAUUUUUAUCUUAAUCCUUUAACUUAAUAUAUUAUAGCUCUGGUUUCUUCAAGAAGGUAUAUUUAAAUACCCUUUUCAUUUCAUUAUAAAUCAUCUCCCAGAAAGCCUUAAUCCUUGGGCAUGUCCACCAAAGGUGAAAGAAUGUACCUUCAGUUUCUUUACAUUUCCAACAUUUAUUAUCGGGCAAAUGAUAGAUUUUUGCAAGCUUGACUGGUGUCAUGUACCACCUGUAAAUCAUUUUCAUAAUAUUCUCUCUUAAGGCAUUACAUGCUGUAAACUUCAUACCUGUGGUCCAUAACUGUUCCCAGUCAGCCAUCAUUAUAUUAUGUCCAACAUCUUGUGCCCAUUUAAUCAUAGCAGAUUUCACCAUUUCAUCCUGAGUAUUCCAUUUCAACAGCAAGUUAUACAUCUUUGACAAAAUCUUGGAUUUGGGUUCUAACAAUUCUGUUUCCAAUUUUGAUUUUUCCACCUGGAAGCCAAUUUUCUUGUCCAAAUUAUAUGCCUCCAUUAUCUGAUAAUAAUGAAGCCAAUCUCGUACUUUUUUAGUUUUUCAAAACUCUGCAAUUUCAAUCUGUCUCCCUCUUGUUCCAAAAUUUCCCAAUAUUUCGGCCAUUUGGCCUCCAUAUUGAGCUUUUUCAAAGCUUUCGCUUCCAUCGGUGACAACCACCUUGGGGUUUUAUUUUCAAGUAGGUCCUUGUAUCUUAUCCAGACAUUAAACAAUGCUUUCCUGACAAUAUGAUUUUUAAAUGCUUUAUGUGCUUUGACCUUAUCAUACCACAAAUAUGCAUGCCAUCCAAAUACAUUAUUAAAACCUUCUAAAUCCAAAAUGUCUGUGUUUUCAAGAAGCAGCCAUUCUUUCAGCCAGCAAAAAGCUGCUGAUUCAUAAUAAAGUUUAAGGUCUGGCAGGGCAAAUCCACCUCUUUCCUUUGCAUCCGUUAGUAUUUUAAAUUUUAUUCUGGGCUUCUUGCCCUGCCAGACAAAUCUAGAAAUAUCUCUCUGCCACUUCUUGAAGCAAUCCAUUUUGUCCAAGAUUUGCAAUGUUUGAAACAAAAACAACAUUCUAGGCAAUACAUUCAUUUUUAUCGCAGCGAUACGGCCUAGCAAUGAAAGCUUCAAAUUUGACCAGAUUUCUAAAUCUUUUUUCACUUCAGUCCAGCAUUUUUCAUAGUUGGCAUGCACUAUCUUGAGGUUGUAAUUGAGGUGUCCCAUUCCCACCACCACCAAAAAAAUAAUAGUUCAGCUGCAUUGUGUAAUAUACCGCAGACCCAGGCAGUGGUCAAUGUGGGUUUUGAGGGAGGGCAGGGUGGUCGUAGGUGGCGCUGUGGGUAAAACCUCAGUGCCUAGGACUUGCCGAUCGUAUGGUCGGCGGUUCGAAUCCCCGCGGCGGGGUGAGCUCCCGUCGUUCGGUCCCAGCUCCUGCCCACCUAGCAGUUCGAAAGCACUCUUAAGUGCAAGUAGAUAAAUAGGGACCGCUUUAUAGCGGGAAGGUAAACGGCGUUUCCGUGUGCUGCGCUGGUGCUGGCUCGCCAGUUGCAGCUUCGUCACGCUGGCCACGUGACCCGGAAGUGUCUUCGGACGGCGCCAGCUCACGGCCUCUAGAGCGAGAUGAGCACGCAACCCUAGAGUCGGACACGACUGGCCCGUACAGGCAGGGGUACCUUUACCCUUUACCUUAGGGUGGUCGUAGAGAUGAUAUGACUGCAUCAGCCUAUUGACUUGACUUCCUUUUGGUGAUUUUGUGUGUGUCCUUCUGGUGGUCAUGUGGCCACCUGUCGUGGGCCCUGUGAGUUAAAGCUGCUUGCAGCCAGCUUCUCCAUCCUAGGCCCCCACAACAUGUGCUAGGAAAGAGUUUAGGCCCUGCAGGGCGAUCGGGUGGGUCCUUCUCAGUUGCCCUGCCUGCGCUUUGGAGAUGCAUUUGUCUCCUUUCCUGGUGACAUUCCAAGACGAAGUGCUUUGUCCUGGCAAGCCUUUGGUUGGCUCUUAGAGUCUAUUCUUGUUUGACUUUUCUGGCAGCCUGUUUCCUUGACAGUAUUUGAUUGAUAUUGUCUGCCUGUCUCCUGGGAUUUUUUUGUAGUGUGCCUCUUUAUUGACGUGUGUGUGUGUCUUUCAUCUUCUUGUGAGCUACCUUGAGUGCCUCAUGUGGAGCAGGGCAUAUAAACCAGGAGUGAGGAACCUGUGGCUCUCCAGAUAAUGCUAGACUACAACUUGUAACAACUCCCAUAAUGUGUGAAAAGGAUCUGGGGGUCUUAGUAGACCACAAGAUUAACAUGAGCCAACCAUGUGGUGCAGCACCAAAAAAAGUGAAUGCUAUUCUGUAUCAACAGAUGUUGUGUCUGUAUCAAGGAAAGUAAUAGUACCGCUCUCUUCUGCCUUAGUCAGACCCCACCUGGUGUCCUGUGUCCAGUUCUGGGCACCGCAAUUUAAGAAGGAUGUUGACAAGCUGGAAGGUGUGCAGAGCAGGGCAACCGAGAGGUUCAAGGGUCUGGGAACUAAGCCUUAUGAGGAGUGGUUGAAGGAGCUGGGUAUGUUUAGCCUGGAAAAGAGGAGACUGAGAGGAGAUAGGAUAGUCAUUCGAAAGGCUUCCCCAGGGAAGAUGACGCGAGUUUGUUGUCUCCUGCUCCGGAGGAUAGAACCCAAACCAAUGGCUACUAGUUGCAAGAAGGGAGCUUCUGACUAAACACCGGGGAUAAUUUCCUGACAGUCAGAGCUGUUUGACAGUGGAACGGUCUCCCUCGGGAGUUGGUGGGCUCUGUUUCCCUGGAGGUUUUUAAGCAGAGGUCGGAUGGUCACCUGUCAUGGAACCUUCAUUUGAGAUCCCUGCACUGCAGAGGGUUAGGCUGCACAAUUUCAUGGUCCUUUGGUGAGCCUGGCUGGGGCUGAUGGGAACUGCAGUGCCGCAACGACUGCAGAGGAACAGGCCAGGGAAUGUUGGCUGUGGCUUCCCAGGGUUUCUUUCCAGGGACUUUUCUAGCCCUACCUGGAUAUUGUUCCUACAAAGGUGCCUCGGAAGCUACCUGUUGUUGAGUCAGAGCGCUGGUCCAUCUAGCGCAGCACUGACUUGCAGUGGGUCUUUGGGGCUUCAGACAAGGAAUCUGCCUGGAGAUGGUGUGGGUUGAACCUGGGUGCGAUUCAGGCACUCCACCCACUGAGCAAUGCACCUUCCCUGGGGAAGCAUUCUUAGAUGAGCAAGCAGCCAGAGGUGCAUUGCAAUAAACUGCCCUUUUCUUGCUAAGUGAGCUGUAAUUAGCUGGGCAGCCUGGCUGACUUUUAAUUUAUGAGCAGAUCUGCGCAGGUGACCAGCACCUCCCCACCAUUCUCCUCUGACUUUCUGGGGGCCCAUUUGGGAAAUUCCUUUUUGCGUGUUGCAAGAUCGCUACUUUCCCGAAUUGGGUGUAAAGUGUGAAACAUCCCGCGUGAAGCAUGAUGGAUUUUUUCAGGACUAAGCUACCAGACUGGUGAUCCUCUUUUGAAUGUCUGUAACCAGAGAGGGGUUUUGUUUUUUUUUUGGGGGGGGUGUUCCGGUGAUCAGAGAAGGGAGGUGAGUGGGACAUUUCUCACUCUUGUCCCCCUCCUUGCCUCUCUUGAGCCCAGCCCAUCUGCCUCCGUCUCCUUGGACAGAAUAGUACCGGUUUCCGGAAUUGAUUUUGUACACUAAUAUCCUGCCUCUUCCUUCUGUCGGUAGGUAGCUUGCUGCCUCUUAUUUAUUACUGUCUAGCCACAGUGUUUGCUCUGUCCUGCCUUUCAUUGAAUACAUGCACCCAGGAAGGUUUCGCAAACAGAGCAGGAACAAUAAGUGCACAAUAAACAGACUGUGGAACAAUAAAAUGGUCUGUAGUGUCAUUAAGCAUGCAUAGUUCAAGUUGGUUAACUGCAUGCUGGGAUAAAGCUGUCUUUGUUGCCCGCCGAUAGGCAGGCAGCGAAGGAGCCUGGGUGGGCCCCGUUGUGCUGGGAUUCCACCUAAACAUUAGGAAGAACUUCCUGACAGUAAGAGCUGUUCGACAGUGGAAUUUGCUGCCAAGGAGUGUGGUGGAGUCUCCUUCUUUGGAGGUCUUUAAGCAGAGGCUUGACAACCAUAUGUCAGGAGUGCUCUGAUGGUGUUUCCUGCUUGGCAGGGGGUUGGACUCGAUGGCCCUUGUGGUCUCUUCCAACUCUAUGAUUCUAUGAUUCUAUUCUAAGGCAGGCAGGAAGCCUCCAUCUCCAUCAUUCUCCCUCCAGCAAACUUGAAAGAGCAAAAGCAAUAAGGAAAUUUCAUUAGAGAGGGACAAGGGCAGGCAUAGGUAAACUCGGCCCUCCAGAUGCUUUGGGACUACAACUCCCAUCAUCCCUGACCACUGGUCCUGUUAGCUAGGGAUGAUGGGAGUUGUAGUCCCAAAACUUCUGGAGGGCCAAAUUUACCUAUGCCUGGACAAGGGGAAUGCCACUCUGAAACCAAAUUGGACGGGUAUGCUAAGUACUGUGUACUGUUCUGGUCUCCUCACCUCAAACAAAGACAUCGUAGACCUGGGAAAGGCUCUGAAAAUGAUCAAGGAGAUAGAGCAACUGGUGUUGUUUUGUUGUUGUUUAGUCAUGUCUGACUCUUCGUAACCCCCUGGACCAGAGCACGCCAGGCCCUCCUGUCUUCCACUGCCUCCCUCAUGCUGGUAGCUUCGAGAUCACUGUCCCACCAUCUCGUCCUCUGUUGUCCCUUCUCCUUGUGCCCUCCAUCUUUCCCAACAUCAGGGUCUUUUCCAGCGAGUCUUCUCUUCUCAUGAGGUGGCCAAAGUCUUGGAGCCUCAGCUUCAGGAUCUGUCCUUCCAGUGAGCACUCAGGGCUGAUUUCCUUCAGAAUGGAGAGGUUUGAUCUUCUUGCAGUCCAUGGGACUCUCAAGAGUCUCCUCCAGCACCAGAAUUCAAAAGCAUCCAUUCUUCGGCGAUCAGCCUUCUUUAUGGUCCAGCUCUCACUUCCAUACAUCACUACUGGGAAAACCAGAGCUUUAAUUAUAUAGUUAAAGCAACUGGUGAGCAAAUGUUAAAAUGUUUGCAGAGGACCCCUGCAGAGUGUUUGGUAAAAUUCCUCCCCCACUUGCGGCCCACAAAUAGCAAGGAGAGUUUUGGCUCACCCCUGGUAUAAGCUGCUCUUCUGAGAAUCUCCGGGUAGCUGCUUAGCUUGACUAUUUCCCUGUAAUUGCACUGUGCUUGCUAUUUCCGCAUGCAGCACAUUGCAAUUGUGUCAUUUUUUUAUUUGUAGCUUCCUUGCAGGAGGGACCUGUUUUCUUGCUGACCUGUCUUAAGGUCACCUGGUGAGCUCGUGGCUGAGGAGGGGAGGAGAGCCACAGUUUGCCCGCAUAAAAAUCUCAAACUUGACACGCCAUGCUUGCUCCAUCAUCAGUUCACCUUUAGGUUGGGAAACAAUUUGGGGCAUCUCCGGAGGAAGCUGGACCUCAGUGACGUUGGGGGGCUGCUAGAACUGCUGUGUGUGAGUGGAUGCAGAAAGGAGCAGGUAAUACAGGAGUUCAACAGAACUGGCGUCCUCCUCAGCUUGCAUGUGCAGUCCUUUCCUCCCAGUUGAGAGAUGAGCCAGGAGCUGUUCAAGGUCUCUUGCUCUGCUUCGCUGCAGUUUGCUCAGGGAAAUACCUUUGAUCAUCGUGGAAACUGAAUGAUUUCCACGUAGGAACUUCAAAUAUUUGUUUUAUUUCAGUGGCUGACAAAACGGAGAUUACAUUUUAACAGUCAGGCAUUUCAGCUCCUGCCUCCAUCAGGUCCUCUGACGUGAAUCAAAGGAUGCUGUUGCCAAGGUGAUUUUAGUUUAGAUUUUGCUGCAACCUGCCAGAACCCAAACUUGUAUGAAGCCCCCAAGCAGGGUGGAUUUGAUUUAAAUGGAAUAAAUUUAAAUCACAAUUUAAAUCACUAGUCAGUAAGACUUGAUUAAAUUCAUUUUUUUACAGAAAGGUUCAACCUUGCUGGUAUAAUCUUAAUAUUUACAAACAGAUGAAGGUUUUGUUUUUGGAGUCAUAAAUUUUCAGAGUAGUUUUUACAGUUAUAUCAAAAAUUACUGAUUUGGUUAUACCAUUAGAACUACAUAGAGAGAUAAUUAUUAAAUUAUUGUUCAUAUUUGGACAAUUUUUCUGCUGUACUUUAUUGGAGAAGAAUAACCAUUUCCUUAAUAACAAUUUAAACAAUUUAUUUAACUAAAACAACCCCUCCUGCCUCUUUUCCAGGAGGCAGCCAGCUCUCUGACUGUCUGUCCCUUGUGUUGGGCUCUGGGAACAGGUUGGGGAUUCUGAGUGUCCUUCGCGCUCAUCUGCCCAUUAGUCUCUCUGCCUGGGCAGAAGGAGAUUGUCUGGGAUGUGGCACUGAGCGCCCCUGAACUGCUGUCCCAGGGAACAGGGUGGCGCACUUUGUGGUUGCCGUGACAACCGUGGCGCUGUCCCAAUACGUUAUCGGCUUGGUGCACGUGGCAGGACACGCUAUUGAUCUGCUUUUUCUCAGGCAAGGAAGAGGGAAGGGUGUUGGAAAGCGGAGAAUUUUAACACACAGUCCUUUGUCAUUGUCAGUCCAGUGUCGAGGUUUAGGCUAUCAGCAGCCUUUUUCCUCUGCAAGGGGUGAGGGAACUUGUUACGAUGGCCUGGAUCCGAUGGUUGAUGGAGCCAGAUGUAUCUCAGAGGACUCUGGGCCAGGGGAUUUUCCCUCUGAUGUGGCUGGUGCUUAUUUCAGAGUUGCCGUGUGGGAUGUGAAGACGACUGUAAUUACAAUCUAAGAAAUGAAGGAAGCAAUAAAAAUACAGUUGGAAAUAAAUAUGAAUACAGUGGUACCUCAUGUUGCGUAACCUCCAGGUCACAGAAUCUUCGGGUUACGGCCGCGGCAAACCUGGAAGUGUAUACUUCCGGGUUUCGCCUCAUGCGCAGAAGCGCUCUGUGUGCCGUGCGCAUGCGCAGAUGCAGCGCCUCUAGUUACGGAUUUUUCAGGGUGUGCACAGCACCCCGAAACGAAUUAAAUCCGUAAGCAGAGGUACCACUGUAAUGCAAGGGAUGUGCCGUCUCCUGCCUUCAACUGUGCAUCUGCAGGCAUACCAUGGACCACCUGAAUGAAGAAGAAGAAGAGUUUGGAUUUGAUAUCCCGCCUUUCACUCCCUUUAAGGAGUCUCAAAGCGGCUAACAUUCUCCUUUCCCUUCCUCCCCCACAACAAACACUCUGUGAGGUGAGUGGGGCUGAGAGACUUCAAGGAAGUGCAGCUGCAUGUGGAGGAGCGGAAACGCGAACCCGGUUGCCCAGAUUACAAGCUCACAGGCCACUGGACCACAAAUCAGGAAGCCCACGUAUCGUAUUUUUCGCUCCAUAGGGUGUACCGGACCAUAGGGCGCACCUAGUUUUUAGGGGGGGAAAUAAAGGGGGGGGGAUUUAUUCCCCCCCAGCCCCCAGAGCAGGUCCAGGAGCAGCGGCAAGAUUGCGUGCAACCUCGCCGCUGCUCCCGGAGCUUGCGGGGCUGGGGACGGGGGAAGCCUGAGCUUCCCCCAACCCCAGCCCCCAGAAAAGGCUGCUAUCUGCAAGCCUUCGGAGCCCGAAGGCUUGCGGAUAGCUGCCUGAAGCCCGGGGAGUGCAGCGGGAGUUGGCGCUGCGCUCCCUGGGCUUCAGGCUGCGGGCUGCUAUCCCGCCGCGCUCAGAAGGCUUGCGGACAGCUGCCUGAAGCCUGGAGAGCGAGAGGGGUCGGUGCGCAUCGACCCCUCUCGCUCUCCAGGCUUUAGCGAAAGCCUGCAUUUGCUCCAUAGGACGCACACACAUUCCCCCUUCAUUUUUGGAGGGGGAAAAGAGCGUCUUAUAGAGCGAAAAAUAUGGUACUUUUUCUCUUCUCGUAUCACUAAUUUCUCUCACACACAUGGUUUGCAUGUGAUCCUAGCACAAAUGGCCAGGCAUGAGUGUGUGGGCACUCCCAGGAAAAUGGUGACCGCCUUUCCCAAGUGUUUAGGAGCUUGGAGCAGUGAAGACAUAUCCAGUGAGAUAAGUCCAUUCAGCCCUCAGCGGCAUCCUGUGACAUUUUUGCAAGUCUUUUUUAAUAGAAUGUCAUUUGCAUCUCUUGCGCCAGGUUUCGAUUCGAUAUGAUACGAUAAUCUUUAUUAUCAUUGUGCCAUACAGAACAACGAAACUGAAAAUCUACAUCAGACAUUCAGAAACCAACAAGCCUGCUAUCCCAGCCUGGUUAACCCCCUAAAAACUCUGGUACCCCAUGAUUAAAUACAAUAUACUCCCAUAGAGACUACCUUACACUGUGUUUAAAACCAAAAUCACAUUUGGAUAGAAACUGUUUCUCAGGCGGCUAGUCCUAGUCUUUAUAACCCUGGACCUUCUUCCAGAAGGCAGAAGCUGAUAGAGAUCAUUUCCGGGGUGCGCACUAUCCUGCGCUAUCUCUGCAGCUUUCUUAUGGCACUGCCUGGAAGCGUAGAUUUGAUCCAAGGUGGGAAGAGUGCACCCAAUUAUUCUCUCCGCAGUCUUUACAACCCUGGACAGCAUUGUUUUUCCUCUGACCGUGCAGCUCCCAAACCACGCACACUCCGCGUUUAGUGCUGUUCCAUUAGUGGAGGCGUCCUGGGUGCUAUUUGACCCGGUGCUGUUGGCUGUCUUUCGAUUGUUGAGGCCUGAGGAUGUGGGAAAGGCAGUUGGACGUGUUUGGCUGGUGGCUACCGGCCAAUGACACUUGGACCGGUUGGGUUUUUGAGGAAAGUUCUCUGCAAGGUUAUCUUUGAAAACAGCUUAGAAAUGUAAGCUGAUUGAAAAGAGGGCGGUGAGAUUGCAACUGGGGAGUGGUAGAUAUGAUCUGCUUGCAGGUUUCCCAUAAUGGGCAUCUGUGGGCACCAUUGGCCUGAUCCAGCAGAUGCUCUUCUUGCGUUCAGCAGGACCUGAACACAAGAACAUUCUUGAUGCCCCACACCCACCGUGGUUUCCAGCAACUGGUUUGCAGAAGCAUCGCUCUUUAUGAUGUGGUUGCUUCAUUUUGUGUUCUGGGGGUUUGGGCUGGGUGUUCAUCAAUAUGCGGAUGACACCCAGCUCUACCUCUCUUUCAAAUCAGAACCAGUGAAGGCGGUGAAGGUCCUGUGUGAGUGUCUGGAGGAGGUUGGAGGAUGGAUGGCAGCUAACAGAUUGAGGUUGACUCCUGACAAGACAGAAGUACUGUUCUUAGGGGACGGGGUGGGCAGGUGUGGAGGACUCCCUGGUCCUGAAUGGGGUAACUGUGCCCCUGAAGGACCCAGGUGCACAGCCUGGGGGUCAUUUUGGACUCACAGCUGUCCAUGGAGAUGCAGGUCAAUUCUGUGUCCAGGGCAGCUGUUUACCAGCUCCAUCUGGUACAUAGGCUGAGACCCUUCCUGCCCGCCAACUGUCUGACCAGAGUGGUGCAUGCUCUAGUUAUCUUCCACUUGGACUACUGCAAUGCGCUUUACAUGGGGCUACCUUUGAAGGUGACCCUGAAACUACAACUAACCCAAAAUGCGGCAGCUAGACUGGUGACUGGGAGUGGCCGCUGUUAUGUGAACACCGAUCUUGAAAGACCUGCGUUUCCGAGCACACUUCAAAGUGUUGGUGUUGACCUUGAAAGCCCUAAAAGGCCUCGGUCCAGUAUACCUGAAGGAGCAUCUCCACCCCCAUCGUUCUGCCCGGACACUGAGGUCCAGCUCCAAGGGCCUUCUGGCAGUUCCCUCACUGAGAGAAGCCAAGUUACAGGGAACCAGGCAGAGGGCCUUCUCGGUGGUGGCACCCGCCCUGUGGAACGCCCUCCCACCAGAUGUCAAAGAGAACAACAACUACCAGACUUUUAGAAGACAUCUGAAGGCAGCCCUGUUUAGGGAAGCUUUUUGGGAGCUGGUGUGGUGUAGUGGUUAAAAGCGGUAGUCGCGUAAUCUGGGGAACUAGGUUCGUGUCUCUGCUCCUCCACAUGCAGCUGCUGGGUGACCUUGGGCGAGUCCCACUUCUCUGAAGUCUCUCAGCCCCACUCACCUCACAGAGUGUUUGUUGUGGGGGAGGAAGGGAAAGGAAAAUGUUAGCCGCUUUGAGACUCCUUCGGGUAGUGAUAAAGCGGGAUAUCAAAUCCAAACUCUUCUUCUUCGUAAUGUUUAAUAGGUUAUUGUAUUUUAAUACUUUGUUGGAAGCCACCCAGAGUGGCUGGGGAAACCCAGCCAGAUGGGCGGGGUAUAAAUUAUUAUUAUUAUUAUUAUUCUCAGUUGGAAGGAUGAAGGGGUGUUUUUUAAAAAAAUAAUAAAGGGUUUUGGGGAAAGGGCAUUAUUUUUGAGAGAUUUGUGAUUAUUUUGGCUCUGUGUGCCAUCUAAAACUGCAAGCACAAUAACAUACUAUGAAACGCCUUGGGAGCAUGUGACUCCUGAUGUGGUUAACUCAGGGCUCACCAAGCAUCUGAUACAUGAAACACAAGUUCCUCCAGGUUGCUAGUAGUCAUACUCAGUAAGAUAUAAAUACUUUCUUGGGCAGUAUCCAGACCAGUCAAGCUGCCUCCUUGCAACUGCGGGUUGACUGAGUUCAUGUUGCCCCCGGUAUCCUCUCCUCCUCUGCUCAGUCCGAGAUGUGUUGGUCUACACAAAUCUGAACCAUUAACAGGAUAACGCUCCCUGAGGACGACCAGCUCAAAGCUACAAAGUAGGUAGCAAGCUUUGAAGAACUCAUCUCCAUUUUAUGUUCAAUAAAGAUUAUUGGGCUUGAGGGUAUGGUAAGAAAAAGAAGCCCCCAGUAUUGGCCAAGGUGUCAUUUCAGAAAUAUAGGUAAUGUCAUUUCAGAAUUAAAAUGGAAGAUGUUCUUUCUUGGCUCAUGACUAUGGUCGGCAUUCAGCUCUAGGAUUUACUUGGUGUAUACCAGGCAUAGGCAAACUGGCCCUCCAGAUGUUUGGGACUACAAUUCCAAUCAUCCCUAGCUAACAGGACCAGUGGUCAGGGAUGAUAGGAAUUGUAGUCCCAAACAUCUGGAGGGCCAGUUUGCCUGGGCCUGGUGUAUACCCACUGACGUUAAUGCAUCUAGCAAGGGCCUUCCCAGAUAGCUCAGACGGCAGAGCAUGAGGGUCUUAAUCUCAGGGUUGCAGGUUUGGGCCCCACAUUCGGGGCCAAAACGAUUCCUGCACUUCAGGGGGUUGGACAAGGGGACCCUCAUGGUCCCUUCCAACUCUACAGCUCUGUGAUUCUACGUUAAUUUCAGUGGGUGUAUUCUGAGUAAACCUUAGUUGAAUACCACCUGUUGUAUAUAUGGGAUGGGAGCCUGAUAUGCAAAUGGGACAGGCUCCAUGUAGCAAGCUGGUGCUUUGUUGUUGUUGUUUAGUCGUUUAGUCGUGUCCGACUCUUCGUGACCCCCUGGACCAGAGCACGCCAGGCACUCCUGUCUUCCACUGCCUCCUGCAGUUUGGUCAGACUCAUGCUGGUAGCUUCGAGAACACUGUCCCACCAUCUCGUCCUCCGUCGUCCCCUUCUCCUUGUGCCCUCCAUCUUUCCCAACAUCAGGGUCUUUUCCAGGGAGUCUUCUCUUCUCAUGAGGUGGCCAAAGUCUUGGAGCCUCAGCUUCAGGAUCUGUCCUUCCAGUGAGCACUCAGGGCUGAUUUCCUUCAGAAUGGAGAGGUUGGAUCUUCUUGCAGUCCAUGGGACUCUCCAGAGUCUCCUCCAGCACCCAUAAUUCAGUUUGCUUGCACAGAGGCAAGCAAAGCAGCUACCUGCCUUUCCAGGCAUUCGCAACCCACACCUGAUGGAAUGCAACUGACCCACGUUCAAUAGGAGGCCUCCUGCUCCCUACUAGGGGAGAAACUGCUGCAAUCCCUUUCGUCCCAAAGGGAGCCAGAUGGGGAGAAGACGGUACUUGCGCGCAAGUGAAGCAGCCCUGCCCAAAGCCCUGUGACGUUUUUCUCUGGGGCUGCAGCGCAUGAUGUUGGCCUCCUAACAUGUCAGCAAGAGGCGGCAGCGGCUGCCAAGUGGCAAGCUCGAGGGAGAGCCAUUCCCAGCUCUCUGUCCUUUGUGCGCAUUGCAGAAGCACACCAAAGGCCUCAGACUGCCUGAGCCGCAAGACUUUAAUCAUUCCGCUGGGAUCCCAGAGGAGGAGGGCAGGCAGAGCAGUCAACGCCGCUGAAAUGCAGAUUCUGGAAUGAACCAAUCCCCUCCGUUCAAAGCUCUGCCUGGGAAAUGGCUUCAAUUGUGGCCCCAUUUAGAUUCACACUCCAGAGUCACCUUUGUUCAACCUUGCUCACUAUUUUGCAAAAAUGUAGAUGGUCCUAAUAAAGGGUGUGCCAUAUCACUGUGGCUACCUGUCAUUUUUGUUUCUCCUCUUUUUCGGAGACCUGCAAAAAUAGGUUUGCUCUGCUGGAUCUUUCAGAAAGAGGCCCUUUUAGCUGGCUCGUAUCAGGGAUGAAACCUGCUGCUCUUUAUUUGCCGUCUGUCAGACCGUUUUAGAUUUCACUGCAUGUCAUUUUUUAAUGGAUUGCACUUUGCUUUCCAACCGUUCGAAAUGCUUUAUAAAUGAGCAUAAAAAACAUGCUAAAUAAAAAUUAAUUUAGCCUUGAAAGCCAAGGUUUGAGUCUUCAAAAUCCUCCUUCUCCACUGAGUGCUGUUGCGUUCGUGCCCUGCUUGUGGUCUUCUUCUCAGUCACUGUGGGAAGCAGGAAGACUAGACAGGCCUUUGGUUUGAUCCAGCUGCACAAGGUUCUUCUUAGGAUCAAGGCUUUUGACAAGGCAAAAGCAAAGAUUUUUUCCCAGGACUGCAGAGAGCAAAGGAAUGGUGUCUGCAAUGGGCUGCUUUCCCUGUGUUGAAGCUCUAGGUAUGUCAGGAACAGCCAAGGUGGUCCGGACCUUGCCCCACGUAGGAGAAGACCACAAACUGAUUUCAUUAGAGGCCUCUAUGUGAGAAAACUUAAGUAGUAGUUCUGUACAACCUCUGAGAAUUGCCAGGCUGCUGCUACUCAUCCUUCAAGCCAUACUGAUAGAACCAUAGAAUUGUAGAGUUGGAAGGGACCCCAUAUCUCAGUUUCUGAGAUAUGGUAGCUAGGAGCUAAAUGGCACCUUAAACCCCGGUUAUGGGCACAACAACAGAAUGUCUAGGCGUAAAAGUAAAAUAACUGCAAACAGAAAACCCCUAAAGUAGAUUUCUCCAUAUCACCCCCCCCCCAAAAAAAAACCCACCUCCACUGAGAGGUCAUACCUUUAACCAUUUCAGGCUAUUUCUUUCAUAUAGAAGCUCUUGACAAAUUACAUUGCCACAUCUCUCUCACACUCACACGAGCGUGGGGAGGAGGAGGAAGGGAAUAAAUGAGAAUAUUUUUAUUGGAUGUGGCAAGCUCUCUGUGGCCAUGAUCCAAGGAGCCACUUCAGGCACACUCAAGGGUUUGAACAUGCCCAGGAGGACUGCAGUUCAAACAAACACAAACUCCCUUGCCAUACCAUGAACUGCUUUUGCGUUCUCUCUCCUAAGGUGGGUAUACCACCAUUGCGUAUCCACUCAAAACGACUGAGAGCAUUUGUCUACCUUACUGAAGUGUUUUAAGGGUUACAAAAAUAACCUGAAGUGCGCCACAGAAAUGCCAAGCAUUAUUAUUCAUCCUGAAAUAGACGGGCGAGCUUGCAUCCCAGCUCACCCUUGUCUGAAGGAUGCUGCGUCUAGGCAGUCUGCCUGAACUUUCACGCAACGCAGAUAGAGGAUCACUCAACUGGGAGCCUUGACAAGUCCUAACAGCUCUUCAGAGCUUUCAUGAUUCAAUUCUGUGCCAGCAUUCCCAUAUCCUUAGUGUUUUUGAAGAAUGCUCUGAGUCAGAGCCACUGAUACUUCAAGCUGGUGUCAACGCAAACUGGUCUGCCACAAAUACGGACUGAAAAGCACCUUGGCUAUACUUCUUCUUCUUUGGUGAUCCCUCGUAGCCGAGUAAGAUUGUCUUCCAUAAACACAGUUUUAAAAGUGAGUCCGUAAGUGACUGUGGAGGCCAAUUGUGGAUCCACACGCCCUUCCACAGUGGGGACAUUGGUUCCCGGGCGGGAGUUGAUCCCGGUGUGGAUUUGCCAAGUGUGCCUUCCUCUUAGCAGGUUUCUCCCUUGUGUCCUGAGUUCAUUAAGUGGAUGGCUAUACCACUCUGCUCACUGAAGCAGUUUAGCACCAUGCAAUGUGAAUUUGCUGGCCAGGACCCAACCAUUCAUAUAUAUUUUUGAGGGGGAGGCAAGCACCAGCUUGAGUUUGACCAAACUGCGGGAGGCAGUGGAAGACAGAAGUGCCUGGCGUGCUCUGGUCCAGGGGGUCACGAAGAGGGCAUAAGCUGUGGAUCUUGCACAGCAAGCUUUGCACCCCAUAAUUCCUCCUCCUGCACAAGACUGUCUCCCUCCUCUUUGGAGCACCCUGGCUCCUUGAAAUUGUAUAAUUCAGCAACCUCUGGCUUCUGAAACUUCCAUCAGGCCACACAAACAUUUCAGUCCCAGGUUUCCAUCCAAAGGGACAAGAUACCUGCCUUGGAAAUGUGGAGUUUCUUGGAAAUCCUGCAUCCUAGCCAAUGUGCAUUGUUUGCCAGCAGCUAUAGAAGGGUUGCGUGUAUUAAUAUAGUUCCAAGCAGGUUUAGAACGAAGGCCAGGCCUGGAGCAGUUUCAGUUCUGUGUUGGAAAAAGAAAGACUGGAGCCAGUGGGAACUUGUUUUGGGCUAUUUGCAGUGGUCCUCACUUAAACUCCAGAUACACGAGGGGCACAAAGAAGAGGUGUCACUCUUGCAAAUGUUGUUGUUUAGUCGUUUAGUCGUGUCCGCCUCUUCGUGAUCCCAUGGACCAGAGCACGCCAGGCACUCCUGUCUUCCACUGCCUCCCGCAGUUGGGUCAAACUCAUGCUGGUGGCUUCGAGAACACUGUCCCACCAUCUCGUCCUCUGUCGUCCCCUUCUCCUUGUGCCCUUCAUCUUUCCCAACAUCAGGGUCUUUUCCAGGAGUCUUCUCUUCUCAUGAAGUGGCCAAAGUCUUGGAGCCUCAGCUUCACGAUCUGUCCUUCCAGUGAGCGCUCAGGGCUGAUUUCCUUCAGAAUGGAGAGGUUGGAUCUUCUUGCAGUCCAUGGGACUCUCAAGAGUCUCCUCCAGCACCAACUCUUGCAAAUAGUCUAAUUAUUUUUACAGGAACAGAUCCCUGAUAAGGGUAGUGCACACCUGCCACAAUCCAGGCCUACUAUCAAAUGCAAAAUGUUUCAUAGCUUAGCAUCCAGCCCAUGGGUACCCAUUUCUAGCUCAGAGCUUGGAGGGUGGGUUGAUAGUUUUGAUACUAGGUUGUUGGGGUUUUUUUGCUAUUAUGAAUUUUGUGUUUUUAUGUUGUAAACUGCCCUGUGAUCUUCAGAUGAAGGACAAACUGUGGAACUCACUUGUGCAGGUGGCUGAAAGCCAGAAACCUAGAUGGCUUUAAAAGAGGAAUGUAAGUCUAUCCAUGUCCUCUAUACAAGAUGGCUGGGCUGGGCCUCCAUGCUCAGAGGCAGCAGUGUAUCUGAAUAACACAGGCAUAGGGAAACUCGGCCCUCCAGCUGUUUUGGGACUACAACUCCCAUCAUCCCUAGCUAACAGGACCAGUGCUCAGGGAUGAUGGGAGUUGUAGUCCCAAAACAUCUGGAGGGCUGAGUUUGCCUAUCCCUGGACUAACAGUUGCUGGAAACCACGGUGGAGGAAAACACACUUGUGCUCUGAUCCUCCUUGCGGGUUUUCCCUGGGCAUCUGGUUGGCCGCUGUGAGAACAGAAUGCUGGACUAGAUGGGCCAUUGGACUGACCCAGCAGGCUUUUCUCACGUUUUUAUGUUUAGCUCAGAGGUCAGCAAAGUACCUCGCCUGGGCCAGUUCACUCCCGCGGAGAUCGCUCCGUGGGCUGGAUCACAUCUGCGCAGACGCAAUUUCCGGUUUAGCGGGCGGCUCAGUUCGGAGGCGGCUCAUGGGCCAUUUAAAUGACCCCCCAUGGGCCAUUUGUGGCCCAUAGGCCGCAGGUUGCCGACCCCUGGUUUACCUCGUGGGUUAACUUUUGCCUGUGUGAUGCCAUAGCCCAGGCCUCAGCAAACUUUUUCAGCAGGGGGCCAGUCUACUGUCCCUCAGACCUUGUAGGGGGCCGGACUAUAUUUUGAAGGGAAAAAAUGAACGAAUUCCUAUGCCCCACAAAUAACCCAGAGGUGCAUUUUAAAUAAAAGCACACAUUCUACUCACGUAAAAACACGAUGAUUUGUGGGCCGGAUUUAGAAGGCGAUUGGGCCAGAUCCGGCCCCCGGGCCUUAGUUUGCCUACUCCUGCCGUAGCCUGUAGAACAGGCUUCCUCAACCUCGGCCCUCCAGAUGUUUUGAGACUACAAUCCCCAUCAUCCCUGACCACUGGUCCUGCUGGCUAGGGAUCAUGGGAGUUGUAGGCCAAAAACAUCUGGAGGGCCGCAGGUUAGGGAAGCCUGAUCUAGAAGGAGGAGAGGAGUAUCUGUUACCAUGUUUUGAAUUCAGACAUCAGCCCAGGCUCAAGUUAAGCUUCCAUUUGGCCCUGAGAUGCUUCUGGAAACAUGAGUCCUUUGAAAGGGUUGCAUAUAUCUACCGACAGACUUGUGUUUUUAUCCUGACGGAGAGAGGUUUGGUUUUGCUGUCUUUCGUCUAAAGAAAAUGUUGCUUCUGGCUGAUUCAUGAUGGGCUUAGUAAUUGAACGUGGCUAAUUAGGAGGGGCAUUAUUGCAGGGCAGGCUUGAGCGAGAGACACAGUCUCCUGGCACUUGAGCCUUGAAGCUCUGCCGCGCUCAUAAUUCUGCAAAGAGAUGAUAGCUGGGAGGACGCCUCAUCAAAAGGCAGUUUCUGUCGCUUGGCUGUGGAACAGCUAUUUGCUGUGCUUUGCUUUAUAUAGCUGCCCAUCAAUAAAAAUUCUCUCAGAGGCUUGCAAAAUCAAUUCCGCAGUAUUUUUAAAUACAAAUUAAUUAAAGCAAAAAAAAUUGGUAAGAACAAUGCCCUAUUCCAGAGACAGAAUAAAACAGUUUGAAGCUCAGCUCAAAGCUGGACUUUGAGAGACUGCAUAAGGCUUACUUGAAAUUGCAUUGAAACAGCAAAGGUCUGCAUUUACUGUGAAAUAUUUGUGGUUUUUCUGCAGGGGAAUAUAAUCCCACCCCACGCCCCCAGUAAAAUAGACUUGGAUUUUUAUAUUUGAUGUUUUGUAACCAACACUUUUACUGGGACACGGGUGGUGCUGUGGGUUAAACCACAGAGCCUAGGAUUUGCCGAUCAGAAGGUCAGCGGUUCGAAUCCCCGCGACAGGGUGAGCUCCCGUUGCUCGGUCCCUGCUCCUACCAACCUAGCAGUUCGAAAGCACGUCCAAGUGCAAGUAGAUAAAUAGGUACCACUCUGGCGGGAAGGUAAACGGCAUUUCCAUGCACUGCUCUGGCUCGCCAGAAGCGGCUUAGUCAUGCCGGCCACAUGACCCGGAAGCUGUACGCCGGCUCCCUCGGCCAAUAAAGCGAGAUGAGCACCACAACCCCAGAGUUGGUCACGACUGGACCUAAUGGUCAGGGGUCCCUUUACCUUUACCUUUUAACCAACACUUUUAUAAAGAAGAGAGGAGAUUGGCGUGAUUUUUCAUUGACUUCUAACGAGCCUUACCUGUGUGAUUAUUUAUUCUUCUGAGUUGCUGUGGACUCUCCUGUGCUGGGGGUGAGUCGCGAGGUGGCUAAGAUCGGGGAUGAUGUGAAAUGGUUCAGGGUUCUUAAAGGGAGAAAAGGAUUGUGAAAAGCUCCAAAAGGACCUCUCCAAAGUGAGUAAAUGGGGCAGCAAAUGUAGUGUAAACAAGUGCAAGGUUAUGCACGUGGAGGCAAAAAAAUCUAAAUUCCACAAACAGGCAACUCCCCAUUUUCACAGGGGUUGCAUUCUGGGCACCAAUCCUGCCCUGCUCACCCCCACCCCCUUGUAGUGCCGAAAUUGGUGCACGCAUGCCAGUCGUGCUCAGAUGGGGAGUUGCCUAUGCACACUUGUGGGAUUUGAAGCAGUGGUGAUGGUCCAGGAGCAGGUUCUUGGGGUUGGCGUGAAUAGCUGGGUGAAGACGUCAACAUAGUGUGCAGCAGCUCUGGGAAAAGCAGGCUCCAUGCUUGGGAAAUAAUUUCUUACGAAAACAAUGUCAGAAUUAACAAAUUACACACAAGAAGACUGGUGUGUAAUUCAGAAUUGGGAAACAUUCAUUGAUGAGAAAAAUAAAUCAUGCUCUUUUAUUAUGUUUUAGACAUUUAUUUCCAUACUAACACACGAAAUAAACUUCAUGAAAAGGAACGGAGGGCCGUGCUCAGGUGCUUUCUCUGUAGGCUGGAGUUGCAGGUAUCUUGUGUUCUCUUGGCAGCGGCUGGGCUCUGAAACCAGAGCAGGUGCUUCUGUAAUGGGACCCGAGGCUACGUGAUAUCCAGGCUAAAGAUUACACCAGUAAUUGUGUCCCAAAUACCUUCCCUCCUGCCAGGUGAACUUCAGACCAUGCCAGCCAGCUGCUGCCACCUCCUCCUCCCCACCCCUCAUUGCCAGAAUAUGUCCCUGCAUUGAAAGCCCAUUUCUCUGGAAGCUGUCUCUGCCAGCCUUGUCCAACCUUGUGCCCUCCAGACAUUUUGGACUACAGCUCCCAUCAGCCUCGACCAUCGUAGACCUGCCUGCUAGGGCUGAUGGGAGUUGUAGUCCUGAACACCAGGUUAGGCACGGCUGGCAUCUAGACAGUUUAAGUAGCACCGUGCUAAAACUGUUUCCUGAAGGGGAAGCAGAAACUGUGGGUUUACGUCUCUAAUUGAAGUGUGUUGUUUUCAAACUGCAGCAAAGGACUAUACCUAAUCAGUGGUGCUUCUAGAGAAAAUGAGCAACUUGGCUGCGAUGGAGAUGAACUAGUUUAUUGUGGCGGCAGUUUUCAUAGGCUGGAAGUUCUUCCACCAAACUGGAACCUUCUGUCCACCUUAGUUUCCAGCCAGAAACCGGAGUUAGCAUUGCCCCUUGACUCUGAAAUGAUGAUGGUACCUUGGUUGUUGAACAGCUUAGUUGUCGAACAAAUCGGCUCCCAAACGUCGCAAACCCGGAAGUGAGUGUUCCGGUUUGUGAACAAUUUUUGGGAGCCGAAUGUCUUCCGCAGCUUCUGAUUGGCUGCAGGAAGCUCCUGCAGCCAAUCAGAAGCCGCACCUUGGUUUCCGAACUGUUUCAGGAGUCAAACGGACUCCUGGAACGGAUUAAAUUCGAGAACCAAGGUACAACUGUACAAGGUUAUGGAUGAUGCCUUCCCUAGCUUCUGAGCUUGGAAAAAGGGCAAUAUAUGUAAGACAAAGGAAUGCUGUGUGAUUUGGCAUCUUUAGGAUCUUGGAGCAUGGAUAUGAGUUUUCUGGCCUGGUUUCCUGGCUAGUCUGGGCCAUUCCUUUGAAAUGGUAAAUACCUUUUGAUACACAAAAGAUGCUCAUUUGGCAGGUCUGCUUUGCUCUUAACAGAAAUUUGCCAGACCAAAAAGGAAGGAUUUGCAAGUGAAAGAGCCAUUGGGAAAAGUUUUCCAAGAUGAACAGAGAUGGUUUUGGGAUUGGUCAUCCCAAAUAAUCAAAUGAAGUGUAAUUUUCACAGAGAAUAUUUCCUAAAUUUUGAAGGGCAAAGGAUUGGUUUUCUUUAGAGUGUGUGUCUGCACCCUAAAAAAAUUAUGACACCCCUCAGCCAUGAAGCUUACCUUGGGCCAACCACCACCUCUCAGCCUCAAAGUUUACCUUGUAUAUCUUUGGGGCUGUCAUUGGGGAGAGUGGCCACCGCUUCAAAUGACCCAUGCCAAAGGCAGCCUCAAGCUGCAAAGUGCAUUCAAGUGUCAGCCUUGCGUAUCUUCAGGAGGAAAGACAAGGAGGUUCCUUCACUGAUGGCUCAGGUUAGGAGUCAUAGUCAUGCACUAACUAACUCUUUGCACCAACCACUUGCAAAAUAAUAAGUGACCUGGUUGUUUGGCUUUGUAAGAUGAGUUUAGGGUUAUUCUAGCAAGGAGUCCUCCUAGGGGAUUAAAUUGAAACUUGAUCUUGAUUGCCUUCAGGUUUGAAGAUUGAUCUUGAUUAUCUUCUGCUGUCAAGAUUGUGCCAUCAAGCCAGCCUUCCCUCUAGUAUUGCUCUGUCCCAGAUCACCCAGCCUUCUUUUCUUCCUCCGCCUCCUAUUCAGCACUCCCCAUAAUAGUAAUCUGACUCUCUGGUGCUUAAAAGCCAAACAAUUGAGAAAUGAAUGGUCUGGGGCUGCAUCUCAGCAGGAGCUGUCAAGGGAAGAAUGAAUGGGAUUAUUAUCUUCAUCUAGUCCUUGGUGCUGUCCAAAAUUACAAAUAUUAAGGUUGACUGAUCUGUGGCAGGCCUUGUUUGUGUGUAAGCACUGGCGGCAGUGGUACUCAAAACUCAAACCCAACACCACUAUAACCCAUGUUCUUCUCUAAAGCAAGCAGAAUUCUGUGACCUCUUUAAAUUACACGUAUGAAGCAAAUUGCUGAGUAUUGUAGAUUUGGAUGUCCUGGUUGGGUUUCCCCUCCUCGAUUGCUCCUGAUUCUGCCAGGAUACAAACCAUGGUCUGCCUCAGCAUUAUGUCUCAAGGCGGCCUCAUAGUCUGCUUCUCUCCAAAGAAACCAUGAAAAGUAACAGGGCCAGCCCACCCAUGAGGCAAGGUGAGGCGAUCACCUCAGGUAGCAGGAUGCACAGGGAUGGCAGAUCCAGCAACCAAGGAAUGCAUCGCUCACUGCCACAACAGCGGCUGCAGCACGCUCCUUACAAUAAUAAUAAUAAUAAUAAUAAUAAUAAUAAUAAUUUAUUCUUUAUACCCCGCCCAUCUGGCCGGGCCUCCCCAGCCACUCUACAGUGGCCUUUCAGCAGAUAGGAGGAACUGCUGGUCUCCUCUUCACCAAGAGACCAGUACCAGCAUCUUGGGCUGGUCACCCAUCCCCAGGGUUGUCGUGCUGGUUAAAUGAAGGGAGAACCAUGCAAUCCUCUUUUAGCUCCAUGGAGAAUCAUAGAAUCAUAGAGUUGGAAGAGACCACAAGGGCCAUCGAGUCCAACCCCCUGCCAAGCAGGAAACACCAUCAGAGCACUCCUGACAUAUGGUUGUCAAGCCUCUGCUUAAAGACCUCCAAAGGAGGAGACUCCACCACACUCCUUGGCAGCAAAUUCCACUGUCGAACAGCUCUCACUGUCAGGAAGUUCUUCCUAAUGUUUAGGUGGAAUCUUCUUUCUUGUAGUUUGGAUCCAUUGCUCUGUGUCCGCUUCUCUGGAGCAGCAGAAAACAACCUUUCUCCCUCCUCUAUGUGACAUCCUUUUAUAUAUGUGAACAUGGCUAUCAUAUCACCCCUUAACCUCCUCUUCUCCAGGCUAAACAUGCCCAGCUCCCUUAGCCGUUCCUCAUAAGGCAUCGUUUCCAGGCCUUUGACCAUUUUGGUUGCCCUCCUCUGGACACGUUCCAGUUUGUCAGUGUCCUUCUUGAACUGUGGUGCCCAGAACUGGACACAGGACUCCAGGUGAGGUCUGACCAGAGCAGAAUACAGUGGCACUAUUACUUCCCUUGAUCUAGAUGCUAUACUCCUAUUGAUGCAGCCCAGAAUUGCAUUGGCUUUUUUAGCUGCCGCAUCACACUGUUGGCUCAUGUCAAGUCUGUGGUCAACCAAGAGAAAAAGGUGGACUAUAAAUAAAUAGAGUUAGUAAGUAAUAACCAACAAAAUAAACUCCCAAGCACCGAGUUUGCUGGUGGUGCUGAAUACCUGGGUAUACAAACAGCUUUAAGGCCCUAACCCAGCCUUUGCCAGCCUGCUGUUGACGGCAACUUUCCUACUAUCUGGGGCUGAUGGGAGUUGUAGGCAAAAGCAGCCGGUUGGCAAAGGAGGUCCUCAUCCCUCCUUCCUUUACCUGCAGAAAAGAACAGAUUUCGGAAGAGAGCUUUGCUCAUCUGGAGGUAUGAAGCCAACGAGAGCAAAACCUUUUGGCUUUGCAGACGGGAUGCUAAAUGUUUGACAGGUUGCCUUCUGGUGUUCUGGUGGUGCUGCUGCUUGUCUGCCAUAGCUCAAGGCGCAAUGUUUGCAGCCCUUCCUGCAGGGCCAAAAUACUGGGUUUACUACAGCGCAGGCAAAGCAAAGCACAGCACUCGGCCCGAGGGAUCUCUUCCACUGACUCCAGAUGCUCAGGAGCAGCCUUUCCCGACUUCCGCAAGAAGGAUAGAGAUAAUGGGAUUUGAACAAAUCUGCCAAGUACCCCCCUGCCAUUAACUGAAAUCUCAUUACCUCCUAAAUCGCUUGGUAGUUCCGUCCUUGGAGACGGAACGGAGCUGGUGGAUCAGGUGCCAGGGAGGCUGGCCGGACGCCACUCAAGAGACCCAGCGGCGUAGCAAGGCGUCACUUGCCCUGCUGGCCUGAAGCAGGCGGCUGUUGCACAGCAAUACUGACCUUCUGACUGACGUUGCCCAUUUCUCAAGCGCUUCUGGGGCAGGACAUGACGUUUGAGAGGGAGGGCAGUUGGAAGCAUAUAUGGAGGGAAGCUCCAUCAUCUGGAAUAAUAAUUCGGGUGGGAUUAUUGCAGCACCUUGGUGUGUUUGUUGUUAUUGUUUAGUCGUUUAGUCGUGUCCGACUCUUCGUGACCCCCUGGACCAGAGCACGCCAGGCCCUCCUGUCUUCCACUGCCUCCCGCAGUUUGAUCAAACUCAUGCUGGUAGCUUCGAGAACACUGUCCCACCAUCUCGUCCUCUGUCAUCCCCUUCUCCUUGUGCCCUCCAUCUUUCCCAACAUCGGGGUCUUUUCCAGGGAGUCUUCUCUUCUCAUGAGGUGGCCAAAGUCUUGGAGCCUCAGCUUCACGAUCUGUCCUUCCAGUGAGCACUCAGGGCUGAUUUCCUUCAGAAUGGAUCGGUUUGAUCUUCUUGCAGUCAUGGGACUCUCAAGAGUCUCCUCCAGCACCAGAAUUCAAAAGCAUCAAUUCUUCAGCGAUCAGCCUUCUUGAUGGUCCAGCUCUCACUUGGUUUGUUUAGGAGACUUCUAACGUGCAGUUGGUCCAUGGGGUCACGAAGAGUCGGACACGACUAAACGACUAAACAACAACAACAAGCGUGCAGUUGUCUGUGGCUGAGCUUCUGGCCUGUGGAAGCAGGUUGAGCCAGAACUCUCUCCCAAAAGCAACCUCUGCCAAGCUGUUGGGCGCAUGCCCUUGGCACCCUGAACCACCGCAAUGGAAGAAUUGCCCUCUCCUCCCAUGCUUUAUCCCAGCUUUCUCUAACCUGGUGCCCUCCUGUUCUUUUGGAAUACGGCUCCCAUCAGCGCCAGCCAGUGUGGCUGUGUUGGCCUGGGCUCUUGGGAGUUGUCGUUUGAGAGCACCAGGUUGGGAAAGCUGGUGUUUGGUGUGCAUUUCUCACUAUAAGAUCAUAAGAGCCUGCUGGAUCAGGCCAGUUCCCUAGGAGUGGGGAGUCUGCCAUUGUAAUGCUUGCUUUCCCCAGUACGUUUUGGGGACAGCCUGAUCCCUGCAUAGAUCCAAGAGUGCCUCGUUUGACAGCCUGUUCCCUCCAGCUGCAUCCUGCAUUGAAACUCAGACUAGGAGCAGACGUGGCAUUGGCACCUACCGUGUUUUCCCUCUGUCCCACCCCUUGCUUUACUUACCAUCUAGCCCAGUGAUUCACAAAACGGGCCGUAUCUCCCACCCAUCCCUUUGGGGGGGGGGCAGUGGGAUUACCUGGGGGGGGUGCUAAGAUGCAGGGAGGGGGGACUGGAGGUAUAAAAGACGUAUCAGACUCUUAAAACCUGGUGUCACUACAUCAAGUUAUUUUUAUUAUUUAUAAAAUUCCUAUUCCACCCUUCACCCGAGGACCACAGGGCAUUUUACGAUACAAAUAAGGAAGCGAAAACAAUAACUCUCGCUCUCACAAUCUUUGUUCUUUAUUAAAUUUCAUCCAUUUUGUUGAAUUAAUUAAAUAGUUUCAAUUGGAUUUUGAAUAUGUGUGCAGCUAAUUGUUCCUGGAUGGGUUUUCAUCGGGUUAUUGCCUUCCUCGGGGUGUUGUGCAAACCCCUAUCCUGAAUAAGACCUCCUAUAGGACAGGGUGCACUGGGGAUGAGUUUGGUUGCUCAAAAAAGUUCGGAAACUGCUGCUCCAGCCUGAUGUGAUUGUUUUGGAGAACUCAAAAGUUUGCUGGCGACCUUUGUGCCAUUUUGGUUGGCCUGAUAAAGGCAUGACACAAAUAUGGAUUUAGGUAUUUCUCUGUAGCUCUUGCUGGGUUAGAAAAAUCUCCAGCCUAACCUCUCUCUCCUCUCUGUUUCCUUCACAGUACAGUGCUGUGGACAGCAACCCUCUCUCCCUGUACGUCAUGCAUCCCUUCUGGAACACGGUGGUCAAGGUGAGUUGGCCCUCCUCUCUCCCUCCGUGCCCUGUCGAGUGCGCUUUCUGUGCUUGAAGUGGACCUCUUGGCAUCCCUGUCGGUGGAGAAUUUGCCAGUCCCCUUUCUGGCUGGCGCAGCCUCUUGCCUGUUCUGGUCUGUGACUCAUUCAGAAGCUCCUUCUCCUCCUCUUUGAGGGGGCUUAAUUGUCUGGAGAUGCACAAGCUACACUCAUGGCCUGAACUCCUUUUUGUGUUGCCACACGAAGGAUAAGCAAGAAAGACAAACGUCACCCUAACUCUCAAGGAGAGUCUCUUUCUCCUCCUACCUAAACGUCACGGGCUCGACUAUACAUGGCUGAUCAAUUAAUGUGGGUUUUCUGCAUGUGUUUUUGCUGCUUCCUCACAGAUUUUCCCCAUGUGGCUGGCCCCAAACUUGAUAACGUUUAGUGGCUUCCUGCUCCUUGUCUUCAACUUCUUCCUCAUGGCAUACUGUGACCCUGACUUUUAUGCAUCUGGUAAGACAGUUUUUCUUUAAACAGCAACAGCAAAAGCUGUAUACACAUUUACAGGCAUGAAAGUGAUAUGAGCUGAGAUGGUGCAUGUUCUUCACUCUGUCUCUGCGCAUUGAUGGCAUCUUGACUUCCUUGUGUCUACGGUGACACACUCAAACGUCAGUUCUGGACUGCGGGGGGGGGGGGGGGAAUGGCCCACAACUGUCUCGUCACCCCACACAUCUAAAGGGGAGCAGAGAAUUGUGUGUGCCUAAAGGCGGCCAAGGGAGGCGGGUGGUGCUGUGGGUUAAAUCACUGAGCCUAGGAUUUGCCGAUCAGAAGGUUGGCGGUUUGAAUCCCCGCAAUGACGGGGUGAGCUCCCGUUGCUCGGUCCCUGCUCCUGCCAACCUAGCAGUUCGAAAGCACGUCAAAGUGCAAGUAGAUAAAUAGGUACCACUCUGGUGGGAAGGUAAACUGCAUUUCCGUGCGCUGCUCUUGUUCGCCAGAAGCGGCUUAGUCCUGCUGGCCACAUGACCCGGAAGCUGCACUCAAAUCCUGCCUGCAGGUUUCCCUGGUCGGCCAGUGUGAGAACCGGGCACUGGACUGGAUGAGCCGUUGACCAGAUCCAGAAAGCUGUUCUUAUGAGGGGGCACCAAGUUGGGAGAGGCUGCCUUGAACUGCUGCCAUAGUCCUAGCUCCCGUCAUUGCAGGGGGUUGGGCUAGAUGUCCUUUUGGGUCCCUUUGACUCUACAGCUCUAGGAUUCUACCCAGAUUGGCUGGGAAUGCCAGGGUGGUACCCUAUGCCUUGCGAGUUGCCUUCCAGCCUUGGAAACCUGACAGCUGGGAGAAGGCGUUGGUGGCAAACCUCUUUACAACCCGGGUGAUAAGUUCCAGGACUCUGCCCUUGGCUGAAAUGAGCAGGGAGUUGUCAGUUUGCAGAGGUGAUGAUCACCAGUUAUCUGAUGGCCUUGAUCUCUCUGUCGAAACCCUACCUGGAGUGUUGUGGUCCUGUUCUGGGCCUUCCCUAUCCUUCCUGGAAGUGUCACCUGUUCUUUGGCCUCUGAGCAUCAUUGGUCAUCCCACAAGUUGGUGAGGCUUGAUUGACAACAGCGACCUUUAACGCUGCUAGAGAUUCAGCGAGUGCCUUCUGUUGCAACAUUUAAACCCUUCCCCAAACUUAAUAGCCAGGCCGAUGCGGGCAAUUAAGAAGACAUCCUUCGGCAGUGGUUAAUUGGCCUCUGUUUUAAACCUCUUGUUGCAAGGUGUUAAUGGUUUUAUUGCUGCAAACUGCUUUGAUAUAUUAUUUUCUGUUCUACAACGGGAUACAAAUAUUAUUAUAAAUAAAUAAAACAAAUAUAAGUCCCAUCUUCUGGCUGCUCCUGUUGCUGCUGCUGCUGCUUGUGUGGCCUCCUCCUUGUCGUCCUUCACAGUUACAUCUCGGUGAAUCGUCCCAGUAAAUUGUCCUGGAUAGUCCUUGCAGCAUCUCAAAUCCAAACUCUUCAUGUUUCCAGUUAACCUGUUUAUUGUCCUGACCUUCAUUUCUGAUGCCUCUUCAGUCUUGGGCAGGGAUCAUGCCCCUUCCUGUAUGUCUUAUGCCAGGCGUCAGCAAACUUUUUCAGCAGGGGGCGGGUUCACUGUCCCUCAGACCUUGUGGGGGGCCGGACUAUAUUUUGGGGAAAAAAUAUGAACGAAUUCCUAUGCCCCACAAAUAACCCAGAGAUGCAUUUUAAAUAAAAGCACACAUUCUACUCAUGUAAAAACACACUGAUUCCCAGACCAUCCGCGGGCAAGAUUUAGAAGGCAAUUGAGCCAGAUCUGGCCCAAUCCAGGGUGUUUUUACAUGAGUUUUUACAUGAGUAGAAUGUGUCCUUUUAUUUAAAAUGCAUCUCUGGAUUAUUUGUGGGGCAUAGGAAUCCGUUCAUUUCCCCCCCAAAAAAAUAUAGUCUGCCCCCCCCAAAAAGAUCUGAGGGACAGUGGACCAGCCCCCUGCUGAAAAAGUUUGCUGACUCCUGUGGGCCUGGGUCUUCAGAUGAAGGGCAGCAUAAUAUAUAAUAAUAACAGUAAUGGUUAUGAUAACAGUAAUGAUUGUGCAGCAAACAUGUCCCUAGAGGUUGUGUUGACGCUCAAAAUGGUUUUCUUUCCACAGCACCCGAUCAGCAGCACGUUCCGAACAAAGUGUGGGUCAUGGUGGGCAUCCUCAAUUUCAUGGCUUACACGCUAGGUAAAAGCUGGUUCUUUACUGUGUCUUUGUGUCUGUGGGCGGUAGAAAGGGACGCGGGUGGCGCUGUGGGUUAAACCACAGAGCCUAGGACUUGCCGAUCAGAAGGUUGGCGGUUCGAAUCCCCAUGACGGGUGAGCUCCUGUUGCUCGGUCCCUGCUCCUGCCAACCUAGCAGUUCGAAACCACGUCAAAGUGCAAGUAGAUAAAUAGGUACCUCUCUGGCGGGAAGGUAAACGGCAUUUCCGUGUGCUGCUCUGGUUCACCAGAAGCGGCUUAGUCCUGCUGGCCACAUGACCCGGAAGCUGAACGCUGGCUCCCUCGGCCAGUAAAGCGAGAUGAGCACCGCAACCCCAGAGUCGGCCACAACUAGACCUAAUGGUCAGGGGUCCCUUUACCUUUAAGAGGCGGUAGAAGGGGGUAUUUGCAACAGUGGUCUCAGCACUUGUAGGGGCCAAACGACUUGCAUGCAGGAGCCGCCUUCCGUCACCACGGUGUUCAUGGCCCUGCUCUAACAAUGGGUGCUUGCAAGAGGACUCUGCUUUCCCCUUCGUACUGAAGCUGCUUUUAAAAGCACACCUUGAAAGAAGCCUCUGCUCAGACAGAGGUGGCCAGGGGUUCAUCUUCCCUGACUCUUUAAGUGAUGCUUUUUUUAAAAAACAUUUUCCCCUUUAUAUUUUCCCCAAAUUACAGCCCCCCAACAAAAGAUUCAUUAUGAAAACCUGCAUCCAUGAACACCGCAGCUUACAACAGUAUAUAUGUGUUAAAUAUAUUCUUAUUAACCGAUCCACAAGCUACUAUAAAUCUUUGGGACUAGGCUUUGGUUUUCUGGAGUGCUUGUGAAUGAAAGAAAUCCCCACCGUUCACCAACAAAGGUCUCUUUGUGCUUUGUUCCCCUUGCCCGUCUCAAUUUGUGGGUCAGUUUCUCCGUAAGGGCAUCCUGCCACCCUCUCUUGUACCAAGCGUUCACGUUCGCGCCUCCUAAGCCCUCCCAGAACAUGGCCGUAAGAGAAAUCCCGUUAGCGGUUUAUCCACCGAGUCCUGAUUCUGUUUAGGAGCACAGGAAGCGAUCUUAAAGGUCUUGCAAGGCAGACAGCCUACCCCUGAUCUAUGGCCCUCCGACAGAUAAAUACAGAUUCUUUAACACAAGCUCUGGCUUUGGGGCUUGUGCCUCUCCUCCCAGCCAGGCACUGGGACUGCAGGGAGUUGACCCGUGCCUCUGACCCACCUCCUUUCCUUAUCCCCCCCCCAGAUGGCGUGGAUGGCAAGCAGGCCCGGCGCACGCAGUCCAGCACCCCUCUGGGCGAGCUCUUUGACCACGGCCUGGACAGCUGGGCCUGCAUGUUCUUCGUGGUGACGGUCUACUCCACCUUCGGCCGGGGGCCCAACGGCGUCAGCGUCUUCGUCCUCUACAUCCUCCUGUGGGUGGUCCUGUUCUCCUUCAUCCUCUCCCACUGGGAGAAGUACAACACGGGAGUUCUCUUCUUGCCCUGGGGGUACGACAUCAGCCAGGUGGUAAGUGCGGCGCUUCCUGACCCUCCGGUUCCCUCUUCCCACUUUUGCUCUACUUCAUUUACAGUGAUACCUUGGUUGUCAAACUCAACCCGUUCUGGGAAUCCGUUUGACUCCUGGAACUGUUCAAAAACCAAGGCACGGCUUCCGAUUGGCUGCAGGAGCUUCCUGCACUCAAUCGGAAGCCACGCCGGACCUUCGGCUUCCGAAAAAUGUUAGAAGACCAGAACAGUCACUGUUUGCGGCAUUCGGGAGCCAAAACAUACGAGUACCAAGGCGUUUGAGAACCAAGGUAUGACUGUAUAGGCUGCCUUCUCCUCCCAAGGAAGUCAAGAUUGUGCGCAUAGCUCUCCUGCUUUUGCUUUGGGGGUUUUUAGGCUUCAGAAAGUUUACAAAUUUGAUACGUAUUUUCCCAAAUCAUGUUUGUUUCAGAUUUGACUUCCCCUCCACCCCCUCCGUGGUUUUCACGUGUUUUCUAAAAUUUCUGCGUAUUAUGGUCAUUCUGUGUCCUACGUACUCCACAAUAUUCUCCAACAAAUAUUUUGCCGAUGUUCUUCAUUCAAAUCCUACCUGUGUUUUUACAUGUUUACAGUCAUGCUUUAACUAUUCAACAAAAGGUUUCCAGUCCUCCUUAUAGCCUGCCUCUUCUAGCACUCCUGCUCCCCGUUUUACCCCACAACAACUCUGUGAGUUAUAGUUUGGCUGAGAGGCAGCAAUUGGCCCCCAGAGUCACACCCAGUGGGAGGAUUUGAACCCAGGACCUGGUCCAGCGCUACACCGCAGUGGCUGCCUAUCACCUUUACCUGCAUGUGGAUUUGCUUUUAUUGGUUUGUUUUUCAUGUGCUGUUUUAUUCUGACAACUGAGUAUUUUUUAUUUUUUGGUGUUGUGAAGCCCAUUGUGGGGAAAGGGGGCUCGUUUGAGAGGCAGAGAGUGGAAAAGAAACAGUUACUUGAAAUCAAGCUCCAGAAAAAAACCUCUGGCCUGGCUUGCAGGGCCGUGUAGUUAUUAAGGAUGCCUUUCUGCAGUCAGAGUGGGGUGGAGUGUUUGUCACAGCGGCACAGAGCGCCUCCUCUUAAGGAGGGUUGCCUUGGGCUAGUCAGUGUGACAACAGAAUUUCAUUGCUGGGAAAGACUAACGAUCUGCCCCAGGGCAGCUUGAGCAAGCCAUGCCUGGAAAUGGCAGACUGUUCCCCUCCAAAGAUUACAAAACGGUCUUGGAAAUCUUUGGAACUCCCUGCCUAUUGAUGCCAAGCAGGCACCCUCACUGUAUUAUUUCUGGCACCUGCUAAAAAAAACUGCCCAGAUGCUUAGAAAACUGAUGUGGAUUUUAACCAGGUUUUAGUAUUUUAACUUUUUGUAUGUUUUAAAAUGUUUUCCCUUGAUUUCCUUGUUUUAGCUUUUUGUAAACCAUAUUGAGUUUUUUCCCCUUUUGUUUGCAACCAAGUGGUGUAUAAAUUUUUAUGAAAUAAAUGAAAACAAAACAUUGUGGGUAAAAGUUACAGUGGAGGAGUUCAAGAAGGUCUCUUGCAAGGAAUUGUGGUGUUGAGUCAGAUGGCGCUAGGAGGGACCGAACUGCAAAACAACAGGGCUGCAACAUUUUAUGGGGCAAUUGAUUUCCCAACAAUUUGCAUCAGUUUUUUAUUUGUGCCAGUGAUAAGCCAGGCAGCUGAGGAAAGGAAGCCAAUUUCAAAAGCUGCCAUGCAAGAGGCAUCAUCUUGGAAGAGGCUGUUCUGCCUUCCUUCCACCGCAACACAGCAGUCGCUUCUCAGAUGGCGCCUGCUGUGACAUCUGAGGUUCCCCCCUUCCUUCCUGCUGCUUCACAUUUUAAUAGAUGAGUCUGUCAGCCAAAGCAGUCAACAUUCAUUGACUAAGAUCUGCAGAGUCCUCUCUGACUUAAUUACUUGGCUGACGUCGUUGCCUUGGAGUGGGGAGGAAGGGGGUUGUGCGUUCUGCCAGCCACCAACAAAUCGGUCAGCUGUGCUCACGAGAAGAAAUUGCUGGAUCAGAUCAAGGGCCCUUCUAGUCCAACUUCCUGUUCUCACAGUGGUUGACCAGAUCAUCAUCAUCAUCAUCAUCAGUUUUAUUUAUACCCCGCCCUCCCCAUCCAGAGCCGGGCUCAGGGCGGCUAACACCAAUAAAAUAAAAUCACAGUAAAAACAGAAGGAAGAGGGAGGGAAAAAAACCCAAUUUAAAAUGCAGUUUAAAAUGCAGCCUCAUUUUAAAAGUAGCCCAUAGAUCAAAACCAUAAGGGGAGGGAAACAUAAGGGUCAGACUGAGUCCAAACCAAAGGCCAGGCAGAACAGCUCUGUCUUGCAGGCCCUGCGGAAAGAUGUCAAGUCCCGCAGGGCCCUGGUCUCUUGUGACAGAGCGUUCCACCACGUCGGGGCCAGUGCUGAAAAGGCUCUGGCCCUAUUUGAAACCAAUCUAACCUCCUUGAGGCUCAGGACCACCAAAGUGCUGUUAUUUGUGGACCUUAAGGUCCUCUGCGGGGCAUACCAGGAGAGGCAGUCCCAUAGGUACGAGGGUCCUAGGCCAUAUAGGGCUUUAAAGGUCAAAACCAGCACCUUAAACCAGACCCUGUACUCCACCAGGAGCCAGUGAAGUUGGUAAAGCACUGGAUGAAUGUGAUCCCGCGGUGAGGACCCCGUAAGGUGGCAUUCUGCACCCGCUGGAGUUUCUGGGUCAGCUUCAAGAUGCUUGUGGGAAACCAGCAAACAGGACCUGAGCAUGAGAGCCCUGGCUGUGGAGGCAGAGCAGAGUCAUCCUGGCUAGUCCCCAUUGCUAGCCGCCUUCAUGGGUUUGUCCAGUCCUCUUUGGACCAUCGCUGCCUCCCGUGAUCAUCUGCAGGCGCGCAGCUUCUGCCUUCUCUCCCUCUUGGCAGGAAAAAUACCUCUGGGCAAUCAUUUCCCUGCUGUCCUUCCUCUCCCCUCCCCAGCCCACGGCCAUGGAUCGCUUUCUGAACAGCCGCUCACCACGCUGGAGCCUUGGAAGGGCCCUUUGCCCCCGGAUGUUUGCCUCCUCACACAGCCAGUCGGAGAGGUUUUGUUGACUUGGACUUGGCUGAGCAGAGACCUCUGCGCAAUGCUGUCCCAUAAAUUGCACUGGGGGGAGAACGGGGGGGUGUACCUGCGUUGGUCAAUAGAUUUUGCAGGUGGGAACAUAUGACUCUUGGGGCAAAUUUCGUUCCUGAGCCAAAAGGGAAGGAGCAGCUUGACAUGUCUCUCUUCCUGUCCACCUUUGGUUGUGUGUUUUCGAGACAGUUCAUAGUUAAAUUAUCCUCCAACAAGAGGCAAGGAUGGCCACCAACUUGGAUAGCUUUAAAAGAGGAUGAGGCCAAUUCAUGGAGGAGGAUAGGGCUAUUGAUUACUCUGUUCUGGAGGCAGCAGUGCUUCCAAAUACCAGCUCCUGGGAACUGCAGAAGUAAUUAUUAUAUUUAUUUAUUUAUUUAUUUAUACAUACAUACAUACAUACCCCGCCCAUAUGGCUGGGUUUCCCCAGCCACUCUGGGCGGCUUCCAACAAAAUAUUAAAAUACCAUAAUACAUCAAACAUUAAAAGCUUCCCUUAAUAGGGCUGCCUUCAGAUGUCUUCUAAAAGUCUGGUAGUUGUUGUUCUCUUUGACAUCUGGUGGGAGGGCACCUCAGUGUCCGGGCAGAACGAUGGGGAUGGAGACGCUCCUUCAGAUAUACUAGAAGGGGAGAGUGUUGCUGUGGUGCCCUGGUCCUGCUUGCAGAUAGAUUUCCCUUUGGAGCAGGCACAGGCAAACCUGGCCCUCCAGAUGUUUUGAGGCUACAACUCCCAUCAUCCCUGACCACUGGUCCUGUUCGCUAGGAAUGAUAGGAGUUGUUGUCCCAAAACAUCUGGAGGGCCAGGUUUGCCUGUGCCUGCUUUGGAGCAUCUCAUUGGCCCCUGUGAGAAGAAGAUUCUGGACCAGAUGGGCCCGUUUGGGCCUGAUCCAACAAAACUCUACUUAUGCUCUUAAGACUCGAGUGAAUUCAGAUCCCUCCCUCUCUCAUGGGAGUUACCAUAUUUUUCCACGUACAAGACACCCCCUAUUUUGGGGGACCCAGAUUUAAGAAAAUGGGGGGAGAUGCAUCUGUGUUUAAUACGCCCCCUAAUUUUUGACAUUAGUUUUUAGGGAAAAAACCUAGUCUUAUUCACGGAAAAAUACGGUAACUUUUAUAGGCUGUGCAAAUUGCCCAUGGGACAAAUCCCUGCCCAAGCAGGAAGGCUUUGACGCCUUCCUUGGAGGUUUUUAAGCCGAGGUUGGAGGGCCAUCUGUCAGGGAUGCUUUGCUUGCAUUGCAGGGGGUUGGACUAGAUGACCCUCGGGAUCCCUCCCAGCUCUAUGAUCUCUUCCUUCAAAAAGCUCAGGACCAAUAUUAUUAUUUUUUUAAAAAAAGAAUAUUUGUUAAAUUUUCCAUUUUAACAUUCCAAUCAAAUCACAUCAUAUAUUCCGACUUAUACAAAUUAUUCAAUAAUUAAACAAUCCAAAUAUUAUGCCAAAUUUUCCGGGGAGACUUCACCAUGCUCUGAGGUCGGAGGGGAUCUGAUCAUCUCAUACUUUUACUGCUUCUCAUAUUCAUUUCCGGUGGUUCCCAUAAGUCAUUCUGAUGUUAAUCCUCAUUAUUUCCCACAGCCUCUGAGUUCUUCCGACAAGCGAGAUAAAUCAAACAAUAUGUUUCUGUGUGGUUUUAUGUCCAGGAUUCCCCUAUAUAGGUUUGCAGCGUCUCUUCACAGGCUGGUAUUUCUGCCAGAUCAGUCCAAGAAUCCUCCCAUUACAUGCAGAUGCAGACGUCCAGUCCAUUCUGUCCAGAUAAAAUCCAGUCAAGGCAUCUUCCCCAUACUUUAACCAAACCAGCUGUCAUUCAAACGUUAACAUUUCCAGGGAAGAGUUUUAGUUAAAAAUACAAAAAUAGAAUAUUGGAGACUCACCACCCCCGCUCAGGACCAAUAUAAGUGGUUUUUAUCCGACCCUCCCAUGAGGUCAGGGACACGGGUGGCGCUGUGGGUUAAACCAUAGAGCCUAGGACUUGCCGAUCAGAAGGUCGGCGGUUCAAAUCCCCGCGACGGGGUGAGCUCCCAUUGCUCGGUCCCUGCUCCUGCCAACCUAGCAGUUCGAAAGCACGUCAAAGUGCAAGUAGAUAAAUAGGUACCGCUCCGGCGGGAAGGUAAAUGGCGUUUCCAUGCGCUGCUCUGGUUCGCCAGAAGCGGCUUAGUUCUGCUGGCCACAUGACCCGGAAGCUGUAUGCCGGCUUCCUUGGCCAAUAAAGCACAAUGAGCGCCACAACCCCAGAGUCAGUCACGACUGGACCUAAUGGUCAGGGGUCCCUUUACCUUUACCCAUGAGGUCGCUAGGGAGUGGGCUUUGUGACUGAGCAGGGAUUUGAAUCCUAGUUUCCUUCCCCGCUUUCUCCCCUGCAUGUCUGGUGGUGGAAAGUGGACUGAAUCGGGUUAAAAACAACCUCUUGCCAAAAGCAAAAACUGAAAGGAGUGGUUGGCUGGUUCCUAGCACCUUUAUAAAUAAGCGUGUGUUUACCUGCCUGUGCAGAGACCACUUCAUGUUGUGUUGCCGGUCUUUGCAAGAGCAAACCUGUGAUACAGACCAGUACAAUCCCCGUGUUCCAGCUGAGGCUGCGGGUGACUCUGCCAGCCACGGCCAAGCUGGCACCCUCAAGAUUUUUCAGGCUUCAGCUCCCACCAGGCCCAGCUGCCAAAUCCCAGGGGAGCUUCAUGCUGGGCAGGUUUGUGGGUCUGCUGUUUGCAGCCAGCAGUUGCACUGGGAAUGCAUUUGUAGGGGGGAAAUGGCUCUGCGGGGUCUGUUUUUCCACCCCAGGGGCAUAAGCCCGGACUCCUUUGUGAGGAGAUUUCACCCCUCCCAUAUCCAAGAAUCUGCUGAUGAGUCUGGUGAUUUUCCAGAGAGGAGCCUAACAUCAGUCAGUCAGUCAGUGUGUCGGAGAGAGAGAGACUGAGUGUUAGAGAUCGUGUGUAUAGAUAAGGUUGCUGCUAAGAGCAGCUGCAGGCACUCAGUGCAGUUCAGCAUUCAUUUUGCUUAGACCUCAUAUAGCUCUGUAUAUAGUUGUGUAUUAUAGUUGUAGAUAGAAUAAAGAAGAUAUUCUACAGAGCUGCUCUCCGAGUCGUUUAUGCUCUGCUAUACUCUGCUGUGCGACGACUGUCUUCUUGUGGAAGUGAAUCCGGUGCUCACAACUCUGAGCUGUGAGUCCACAGCACUUUGACCUGUUCCUGUGCAGAAGGUGGUCUCUGGAAGUGCUACCCAGCUCGCCUAGCCCAGUCGGGGCUGAAGUGGAUGAGUCCAGUUGGUGACACUGGCUCAAGGGCGAUGCUGACACUUUGGGCAGUGUCAUAACGUGGCUAAGAGCUUUCUGAUCGCUAAGCCAUUCUAUCCAAACACCAGCUGGCCGGAUGAGUCUUUCCAGAUGCUGCAAUUCUGCCUCUCUCUCUCUCUCUGAUUAUUUUUCAGACCAUUUCCAUCGUAUACAUUGUGACGUCUAUUGUGGGAGUGGAGGCCUGGUACAACCCUUUCCUCUUCAAUUUCUUGUAUAGAGACCUAUUCACUGCAAUGAUCUUUGGUAAGGAGCUUCCUCUGAAAGCCUGUAUUUUAAAAUUUCCUAAUAUCAUACGGUGCCAUAAUCCCAUGUUGGUCUGUCUGUUUUAUUUUGUUUGCCCAGUGCUUCCCCCAACCCUUUCUUUGGAGUACACAAACUGGAUCACAAUUGAGACACUGCUUGCUCCAGAAUUUUAGACCCUAUUUAAGAUCAAUGAGGUAUUCUGGACUUGUGGAUAGUGGCAAGAUUUCAUUGAGGCCGGUCUGGGGCAAAUUUGUUGUAUAAUUACAAAUGUUAGUAAAAUAUCUGCCUAACUUUUCAUUUGCUAUUUGUUUUUUCUUGGUCUUUCAUCUUAAGGUCCUGGGUAAGGUUACAUAGAGUGUGUAUUGGAGGGGGUUAGACUAGAUCAAGCAUCCUCAAACUCGGCCAUCCAGCUGUUUUAGGACUACAACUCCCAUCAUUCCUAGCUAACGGGACCAGUGGUCAGGGAUGAUGGGAACUGUAGUCCCAAAACAGCUGGAGGGCCGAGUUUGGGGAUGCCUGGACUAGUUGACUCAUGGGGGUUUCUUCCAACUCUGAUUCCUAUAAACUAAAAUGCAAAAUAAUGAAUAAGCCACAAAGCAUAAAAUGAUGGUGAUUUUAUUUGUACCCCACACAUCUGACUGGGUUGGCCCAGCCACUCUAGGCUGCUUCCAACAAAUUAUAAAACCACAGUAAAGCAUCAAACAUCAAAAAACUUCCCGAUACAGGGCUGCUUUCAGAUGUCUUCUAAAAGUUGUGUAGUUCUUUAUCUCCUUGACAUCUGAAGGGAGGGUUUUCCACAGGGUGGGUGCCACCACCGAGAAGGCCCUCUGCCUGGUUCCCUGCAACUUCACUUCUCGUAGGGAGGGAACCGCCAGAAGGCCUUUGGAGCUGGACCCAGGUGUCCAGGGUGGAGACGCUCCUUCAGGUAUACAGGACUGAGGCCGUUUAGGGCUUUAAAGGUCAGCACCAACACUUUGAAUUGUGCUCGGAAAUGUACUGGGAGCCAAUGAAGAUUCUUUAGGACCAGUGUUAUAUGGUCCCGGCAGCCGCUCCCAGUCACCAGUCUAGCUGCUGCGUUCUGCUAUUAGUUGUAGCUUCUGAGUUCCCUUCAAAGGUAGAACGCAAUCAUAAAAGCAUUCAACAGAUACAUUUACAGGUUGGGAAGCUAAAAAUCCACACUUCACCUGUGAAGGCCAGAGUUAAGACAAGCAUGAUGGAAGUACCGGGCGAAAUGUGCAAAGUUUCAGGCCCAGGCAAACCUCUAUAGGGAGGGACGUUGCACAGUUCAGGAGCCACAGCAGAGAAGGCUCUGUCGGAGAAAGCAGCUGCCCCAGAGAUUCCCUAGGGCAUUGGCAGGGCUUUCUCCUCUGAUCUCCGUACCCAAACUGGUACACAUGGGAGCUGCUUCAGAAAUGUGUGGCCCAAGAUCAUUCAGGCUGUAAUAUGUUGACAUUACCAUGACUGGGCCUGAAGCCAGACAAAUAUGCUCCAGAUGCAGCUGGGUGGGGCAGGUGGCAGCUGGACUGCACCAGGUUGUCUGGGUUGCCAAAUCCUGUUGCAUCACUAGCUUCCCUAUCCUUUGCUCUCCAAUUUUGGCAGGUCAGUGGAACCACCCACCUGUCAAUCAGCUGAUACGAUUAUGGUGUCAGAUGAGGUCCCUCCCACCCAUCAAAGUUGGCCCCUGGUGGAGUGAAGGGAGAUAAAUAUCUGUACUGCCGGGCCAAAAAAGUCCCCUGGGAUGGAGGAUGCUGGGGUAGACAAAGGCCUUUUGGCCUGAACAGGCAGAGCUCUUAUUAACGUCUCUCCUCCUGCCCCCCUUUGCUGACGUCAGGAAUCCACAGUAUUUCUAAGUUGUUGCACUGAUUCAGCUUUGGGGGGUUUGCUGUAUUGAUGUUUAAAAAAAAUGGAACCCAAACAGUCACAAUGUGCAAUACAGUAGAACCUUGGAAGUCAAACAUAAUCCUUUCCGGAAAGACGUUCGACUUCCAAAACGUUCGAAUUCCGAGGCGCGGCUUCCGUUUGGCUGACAGUUAGGCGUUUUUGCAGAUCGGAAGCUGCGUCGGAUGUUCAGGUUCCAAGGAACAUUCAAAAACCAGAGCACUUACCGUAUUUUUUGCCCCAUAGGACGCACUUUUUCCCCUCCAAAAAUGAAGGGGAAAUGUGUGUGCGUCCUAUGGGCCGAAUGCAGGCUUUUGCUGAAGCCUGGAGAGCGAGAGGGGUCGGUGCGCACCGACCCCACUCGCUCUCCAGGCUUCAGGAAGCUCUGCGCAACCCUUGGGAGACCGGCGCGAAGUCGCACCGGUCUCCCUAGGGUUGCGCAGAGCUGCCUGCAUUCCGAAGCCUGGGGCACGCUGAAGAGACUUCCCGACGGGCUCCCUAGGCUUGCGGAUAGCAGCCUGUUCUGGGGGCUGGGGUCGGGGGAAGCUCGGGCUUGCCCUGCCCCAGCCCCAUGCCUGCGGGGGAAAUAUUUUUUUUUUCUUUAUUUCCCCCCAAAAAAACUAGGUGCGCCCUAUGGGCCGGUGCACCCUGUGGGGUGAAAAAUAGGGUUUUCGACGUCCAGGAGCCGAAACAUUUGAGAACGGAGCGGUUCGAGAACCGAGGUUCCACUGCAUUUAUUUUUAUAGCCUGCCUUUUGGUCCUCAAGGCAACUCACCACUGCACCAUGGUCCUGGUGAAUGCACAACAUGCUGAGUAUUAACAGAAGAGAAAGAAGCAAAUGCAUUCUUCCAUGAAUGAUAGAAAUGGCCAGCACUGCAGGAUGCGCAGCUGUUGAGCCAGCCCAGCAAAAGCUUCCUUUUUCACCAGCAGCUGCUCCCUCCUUUCCGGAGACACUCGCAUUCCCCUGCCACAAGUUGCCGUUACAAAUCCAAGUGAGGGUUGUGGAACAGGCUUUGCUGUGUGGCAGCGUCUGUCUUUGUGUGAAGGGAAACGCAUGUCAUAACCUGGCCCUCCUCUCUCUCCCUUAGGUUGCGCGCUGACUGUGACCCUCCCCAUGAGCCUGCUGAACUACUACAAGUAAGUCCUGUCUGAGCUCGGUUGUCAGCGCCCCAUGGGGUUGGCUGCCCCAGUUCUGCUGGGGUGUCAGCACCACUCAGUGUCUCCCCAGUGGGGAGAGUUUUGAGAAAGCAAAAUGGGCACGAGUGAUGCCAGAGGCAAGCCUUUGUUUUUGAGACUAUGGAGCAGAGAGAUUGGCUGGGCCCUCUCUCUCUUUUUUUUUAAAAUGAUAUUUAUUGAAAGAAUUUUUUUUUUAAAGUUACAAAAGAAAACAAAGUAGAAAAAGAGAAAAACAAGCCACUUCCAACCAUACAAAUACAAAUUCAAAAUAAGAGAGAAAAAAACAAAAAUACACCACAAAAAUUUAAAAACAUUUAAAAACAAAUCCAUUAUUCUCAACUCCUCAACUGUCAUUUCCCUCUUUCCUUGACCUCCUCCUCCUCCCCUUCCUUGUGUCCUGAUUAUUAAUUGUCACAGCAAAUCCUUUCCAUAUUUCAUAAUAUUCUGUCGUUACAUUACCUUAAACUAUUUUAAUCUUAUCUUACUAUAAAAAACCUUGGAACUUAAAACUUAAAUCUUAUUUUUACCAACUUCUCAUAACCAUAAUAUUCUUACAUAAUUCUUUAAACAUUUUUACUAAAGCCAAAUAAUUUCAUUCCAACAUUUUUCUAACAUUCAUCAAUUUUAUAAAACAGUCCUAGUAAUGAAAAAAAAAAGAAAUAAAAACAAAUCCAAUCUUCAUCCAGCGUCCCUUCCUCCUGGUCCCGGGUUUUGUCAGUCCUUAUUAUCCCAUCGAUCUGGCGCAUUAACCUGGUAACCUUAUAUCCGAGGCCCUUAAGUCUCUUCCAUGUCCCUUCCGCAGCUCUUCUUCAUAUUUGUAACUGUAUUUUCCCUUGUCUCCUGCUCGUUUCACUCGUGGGAACUCCAGCUUAGCAAUAUUUUUGACCCUUCUCGACAGAUCAGCCCCUUUUCCAUAAUCGACACUAAAUUCCAUGUGGUAUUUAAAAUGUUUCAAAAACCCUCCAAAAUUGAGAGCCCCCACAAUCCCAAACAUCUCAUGGCCCAUUGCCAGACUUGAAAAGUCCAAACAUCCCUGCAUAGGAGGGUCUAUCCAACCCCCCAUUUCCAAACCAAACCAAACUUUUUCUUUCCAAAUCUGGCUUUUCCAACUUACAUUUGAAAAAUCUCAAAGCUCAUAUUCCUGUUGGGCCUGUUCUGUCAAGGCGCACUCCUGAUUUAAUUCCUGGGUGGGCUCCACAUAUUUUCCCACUGCCUGUUCAAAAUUUCCCACUGCCUGUUCAAAAUUUCUAAUCGAAUCAGCCAUCAAAUUCGUCUUCUCAUGUAGCUGUUCCAGUAGGGCAUUUGUUUUAUAGAAAGCACACAACAGAGCUUCUGAAUACAUUGUCCUGAAGGUCAGAUGUCUAUUCCCACGAUUGUAAUCUGUAACAGCUGCCAGCUCCCAGGAGUUGGUUACAGUUUCACAGUCUCCCUCUAGGGGGAAAACUUCUAUUUGAUCUUUCUUUUAAAGACAAGUCUAGCAACAGAGUUUCCCUUUUUCAGAUAUUUUGUCAAUAUUUGUUCCUUUAAGGUGCGAAAGGAAACAAUGGAAUCACUAUGUUUCUCUUCUUUUAGCUAUCUGUCAAAAGCGUUUAUCUCUGGUCAAUGAGCUUCAAACGUCAGUCCUGACACCCCGCUCCAGGAUCAGGACGGUGGAAAGUUACUUUACUUUAAACUCACUUCUGCAGGUUUAAACAGUCCAAAAAAGAUCCCCCUUCUUCUCCUGCUGCCAAAGGGGGGUUCAACAAUUUUAAAUGAUGAAAGCCAAUCCUUUAGAAGCGAUUUUCUGAGCUCUAGUUUACGUUGUCUGUGCUUUAUUCUGUCUACAAAGAAACGGAAGGCUGACUUCCUGUUUAGACCUUCUCGUUUCAGUACCAAAUUGAAGUAAAAUUUUUAAGUCCAAUUCCUUUCUGCUCGCAAGGCCUUAUUUAAAGUCCAAUUGUUCAAAGUUUAAGUACUCACGGGUGCUUAUUUUAGAAGCCAAAUUGUCCCAGGAAAAGGCAGCGCUCUCCGGCAACGGCUGUGCGGCUUCGCUCCACGGAAAUAGCAGUUGACUCACAGCACCGCGCCGCUUCCGCCUCUUCGCUUCAGAGCCCGUUAGUGGGUUCCUUUGUGGGUUGGGGGGGCGCUAAGGGUGCCCGCCGAGUCCCAUGGUCACAGGCUUCAUCCGCCUGUGAUUUUUAAAAGGGUCCCCGCUUCGCCGUAGCGGAAAAGACCCGUUUCGCGCGGAGCUAGUCCCUCCAGUUCAGAGGGAGUCCGCCAUUGCCGAUGGCGCCACCCCGGAAGUCCUGGCUGGGCCCUCUCUCUCAACCAGCUGGGCCAGGCCUCUUGGACAAAGCCAGGCCUCCUAUAUGUAUUUUAUUUUUUUUAUUUUGAGGAUUUUGUGCCCCACUUUUCAGCCAGGAACGCUCCCAUAGUGGCUUAAAGGUAAAGGGACCCCUGACCAUUAGGUCCAGUUGUGGAUGACUCUGGGGUUGCGGCGUUCAUCUCGCUUUAUUGGCUGAGAGGGCCGGCGUACAGCUUCCGGGUCAUGUGGCCAGCAGGACUAAGCCGCUUCUGGCGAACUAGAGCAGCGCACGGAAACACCGUUUACCUUCCCGCCGGAGGGGUACCUAUUUAUCUACUUGCACUUUGACGUGCUUUCGAACUGCUAGGUGGGCAGGAGCAGGGACUAAGCAAUGGGAGCUCACCCUGUCGCUGGGAUUCAAACCGCUGACCUUCUGAUCGGCAAGUCCUAGGCUCUGUGCUUUAACCCACAGCGCCACCCGAGUCCCCACAGAGUAGCUUACAUACUAUCAAAACAAGACCGUCUCGCAGAAUUAUACUGCCCUCCCAAAAAACCCACGACACGCAAGGAGAAAGAGACAGGGAGGGAAGAGGAAAAUGAAAACUCAGGCACCGAAUUCUAAAUAGUUGUUCCUCUAAUGACCGGCUGGCCCAGUUCAGAGGCAGGAGGUGCCUGGUGGAGGAACUGGACCUCUGGCAAAGCUGGUGGAAUGAGCCCAGCUGCUUCUAUCUCUCCCACUGAGGCAGCCCGAGGCACUGGCUGCCCCAGGUGACCUUUGAGGGGAGAGGAGGCCUGAUGGGGCUGGCCUGCUCCCGAUGGAGGGGGUUCUGCUUCUCAGCCCCAAUCUUCCUUUUGCUGGCCACACUGCAGCCUUGCAGAUGGGACCUCGUUGGAAGAACUAUAUCAGGUUCUGCCUCCUUCAGAGUUAGUCUGAUGGUGCUCCCAGCUGCCUUUCAGGGGACCCCACCCCCUUUUUUUGAAAAUUAUAUUUAUUAAAAGACUCGUAUACCGCUGUGUCAUUUUAAAAUAUCAAAGCGGUCCCGUACAAAGUUAAAAAUGGACAUCAGUUAACCAUUGCGGAAGGAUGCAUUUGUGAUUGCCUGGCAGAAUAGGAAAGUUUUCAGCUGAUGUUUAAAAGUUGGCACAGAAGGCCCCUGCUCAGUCUCCAGUGGCAGAGAGUUCCACAGGACUGGGCGGGUGACACUAAAGGCUCGGGUUUUUGUUGUCGAAUGAGCCUCACCAACUCUCGACCAGGCGACCUCUUGCUGACGCCUCUCCCGCCUUUCAGAGCCUACAGAAGCAACACCCUGAAGCACCACUCCUUCUACGAGGCGAUGCUGCCCUUCCUCUCGCCGGUCCUCCUCUUCAUCCUCUGCACCAUUUGGAUCUUCCACUCGCCCACGCAGAUCCUGGAGACCCAGCCCCGCCUCUUCUACUUCAUGGUCGGCACGGCCUUUGCCAACAUUUCCGUAAGUUCCUUCUGCUGCAGAGACACGUACGCAGAGGGGCCUGGCGGGGCAGGAGCAAAGGCGCUUUGCCUCGGGGUGAGGAACCCUGGGUGUGGCCCUCCAGCCCUCUUUACCCGGCCCUCAGCAAUCUCCCUUGGCCACACUCCUCUCCACAACCCUCCUCCAGCAUUUCCCCCCUGGCUUCCCCAUACGUCCUCCUCAGUUCCUCCUCCAAUGGUGAGAUGCGCAUGUCGAAACCUCUGGCUUCCAUGUGGCUGGACUCUAACCUCCUUGCGCAAGCGUUCACCCAAGAGACUGCUUUGCCCUGCAUGUGCCACUGCUUUGAUCAACGGAAUGGGCACUGCUAGAGGCAGCACACGAGACCCACAGAGCAUUGAGGGCGGCAGCACCUAACCUUAGGAACUCCCUGCCUGUUGAUAUCAAGCAGCGCCUUCACUGUACUUUUCAUCACCUGCUAAAAAUAUUAUUGUUUAGACAAGCCUACCUGGAUGAUAGGCAGGUGGAUGUGAAUUUUCAUCUGUUCCAGUAUUUUAAGUUGUUGUUUUUUAAAGCGCCCCCCCGAUUUUACAGUCAUACCUCGGGUUAAAUAUGCUUCAGGUUGAGCGUUUUCAGGUUACGCUCUGCGGCGACCCGGAAUUAACGGAACAUGUUACUUCCGGGUUUCACCGCAUGCGCAGACACUCAAAAUGACGUCACUUGCAUGCGCAGAAGUGGCGAAUUGCGACCCACGCAGUCGCGGUUUGCGUUCUACUCAGGAUGCUAAUGGGGUUCCGGAACGGAUCCCGUUCGCAUCCAGAGGUACCACUGUAUUGGUCUAUCUUUUUGUAAACCAACCACUUUGAGGUCUGUCCCACCCCCACCCCCCAAAUCAAGCAGUGUCUAAUUUUUAUGAAAUACAUAAAUAAGAGUCAUGUGGUGCAAUGGCCCCUGGAAGGCUGUGAGUGCCAUCUAGUCUGACCCCCCCUGCAAUGCAGGAAUCUUUUUGCGCAACGUGCGUCUUGAACCCAUCACCCUGAGAUUAGGAGUUCCAUAAUGUGCUGACUGAACUACUGUGAAUCUUUUGUAAAAAUUUUAAUUUUAAUUUUAAUUUUUUGACAAAGUAAUAAUCAUAAAUAAAUAAGAAUAAAAAUGUGCACCCCACGACUGAGACUAUUCCAUUGUAACUAUCUAACCUCCCAAAAUUUCAACACCUCUUGCGAUGGUUUGACCCCUUUCCAUUUUAACAGUGCAGAUUCUACAAACACCUUCCAUAUCUCCUCAAAAUCAUUUCUCCUGCAUAUUCCCCGUCUUACCUUAAUGGCACACAUUAAGUUAUCAUGAAUAGCUAUAUCCCAGACCUCUUUAUACCAUUCUUCCAUUUUAUAUUCCCCUUGCCCCUUCCGCUUCCUAGCUAUAAUAAUUCAUGCAGCUGCCAAUGAAUUUGUGAGCAAGCCCUUGCGAACCUUCCACCCCAUCGUAAAUUCAAAAUAAUGCUACCUCUGGACUUUUGGUCAGCUUUAACCCUGUGGUUUCUGUUAUCUCUUUAAACACCCUUUGCCAAAGCAAAUGUGAAUCUUUUCAAGGAAGAAGCUUUUUUAGGAAAAGCCAGCGCCUCUUUUUAUUUAGGAAAAAACUUCCAUAUCCUUGGUCUAACUUUUCAGCUUACCUGAACUGGGGAGUUUGCUCAAGGCGCAAGGAGGAGAGCCUCAAAGCCAGGAGGGCCCCAGAGUCCCCUUGACAACUAUAUGGGUUUGCUUGUGCAGAAAGCACCUCCACUGCCUACCCUCCAGCGUUGCCCUUGGAUUCCUGCCCACGUGUAGGACUGACUCUCUGUUACAGAGGAUCCGUCUGCGCUGCAGCAGUAGAGUUCUGCCAGAAGCCCUAGAGCGGUGCCUCUGGAGCAGUGAAGUUCUAGAGCGGCUCCCUCAGUGGUCCUCCAGGAAAUGGCCCUGGAUGGAUUGGAGCAGCUGUUGGUGGAGCAGUGCCUUGCCUUGGAGGGCGGACCUCUCCUCCCAUCCUGGUCCUCCCUUACCAGCUGUUCCUCCUCUCCCCCCAGUGCCGCCUGAUCGUCUGCCAGAUGAGCAGCACCCGCUGCCAGCCUCUCAACUGGCUGCUCUUCCCGCUGGCCCUGGUCAUCUUCGUGGUGCUGACGGGCGUCUUGCCGGAGAGCGAAACCUUCCUCCUCUACCUGCUCACCACCUUCAUCACCAUGGCGCACAUCCAUUAUGGAGUCGGCGUGGUAAGUGAUCCCGUGGCACGCGUCUGUGUGGCACAGGUAAAGGUAAAGGGACCCCUGACCAUUAGGUCCAGUCGUGGCCAACUCUGGGGUUGCGGCGCUCAUCUUGCUUCACUGGCCAAGGGAGCCGACGUUUGUCCACAGUUUUUCUGGGUCAUGUGGCCAGCAGGACUAAGCCGCUUUUGGCAAAUCAGAGCAGCGCAUGGAAACGCCGUUUACCUUCCCGCCGGAGCGGUACCUAUUUAUCUACUUGCACUUUGAGGUGCUUUCGAACUGUUAGGUUGGCAGGAGCAGGAACCGAGCAACGGGAGCUCACCCCGUCAAGGGGAUUUGAACUGCCAACCUUCCGAUCGGCAAGUCCUAGGCUCUGUGGUGUAACCCACAGCACCACCCACAGGCAAGGCAAAGGGGAGGCUAUAAAGGAGGAGGACGCACAUUCACAGCAAAACUGCCAACAUCGGCCCCUUACCUUAGACUUCCUGCCCAUGUAGUUCUGGGCAAACCAGUCUGAAUCCAUCGCCUUCAUAUUAGCUAGAAUCUGCCCCUGGGAGGGAAAAGGGAGACGUAGGAUGAUGCUCUGGGGCAACAAAAGCAGAUAAGAGUCCUAGAAUUGUUGGGCUGGAAGGAACCCCCAAAGGCCAUCUACUCCAGCCCCCUGCAAGGCAGGAAUCACAGCUGAGGUGCUGCUUCCCCAUCUUUCUGCCCAGGAGCAGAGCAGGUGAGGAAAGAGAUAUGGGGCAAAUUGGUGGGCAGAGCAGAGGAGUAAGUGGAGCGUUAUAUGUAGAAUUUGAAGGCAGGCAGAGGAGAAGGAAGGAUGGGGCUUGGAGGGGAGGGGGCCAUGGUCAGGGGUCUGCUUUCCUGCAACAACACCCCCCUCACCUUGCCCGUUCUCUCUACCUCUGCUUUCUCCCCCUCCCAGGUGAGCCAGCUGAGCAAGCACUUCAACAUCCGCCCCUUCUCUCUACGAAAGCCCAGCUCCGAUUGACUAGACGUGGAGGCGGGAGAGAAGAAAUCUGGCCCACCGCCUGCAGGGGCUCUGUGAACGCAGCCCCCCCCCCAUGUAAAUACACUUCAGCCAUCACCACGGAACUAAAAUUUGACCCACUUUGGGUGGCAAUGAAGCCUGGCAGCCUUGCAGAGGGACAGACCCUUCUUGCACUGCCUCUCUCAUGGAUGCGCAGGUGGCUGGGCAGGGGCUGAACCACCGCGAACAUGUCCUGAACCAGCAUGAUGCUUCCAGACCAAGCAUGGGUCCAUGCCACCCAGAACUCUCAAGGGAGACACCCAAAAAACCACAGACGGGCGCCAGGGGCGUCUCUGAAGCCACACAAUUGCCGCAACACCUCUUCAGGUUACGCUGAGGGCAGCGUGGCCCGCUCUCCGUGGACUCAGCCACGCAAGAGGGGUUUUUUUGUGUGUGGCUUGAACAAAUCAGCUGCUUUAAGUAAGGGGCUUUGGUGGCGGUAAUCACACAGUGAAAAUGUGACUAUUCUAUGUAGGUUAUAUUAUCCUUCCAUUCACUUCCUCCUCUCCUCCCACCCACCCCUGUUGUGGCUUCCACAUGGCCAAACCAGAUGUUGAAGCAGGCAGAUGCUGUCUCCACUCAACAGAGGAGGAGCCUUCCAGCCCACCCUGUCCGAGCGGCUCUGGAGAGCAAAGCUGCAAUCCUCCUUUACAUUUCCGGCAGGAUUACGUUGCGGCAAACGACACUCUUCUGUAGGAUAACCUUUGGGGUGGGGGACGGAGACCGGCCGUUUCCAAGAACUCUUUUGUCAGGCGUAUAACCUGUCCGUGCGGGUCCAUUCCAAGUAGCUCUGCUUCCCUCUAGAGGAAAUAAUCGAGAUCUCCUUUCAUCGAAACGACAAACGAACUCGGUGUUUGCCUCCAUGCCCAGCUCUAGUAGCUGAAGGUGGCUUUCCUCUGUGUUUGUUACCCAAAUGUUGUGUUCAGCCAUCCUAACCCUGCUUGAACUGUGUGGUGGUGAAGUCUGCGCUGAUUCCCCCUCCCUCCUUCUGUUUAAUUUCAUGAACAAGCCUUGUGUUUGGGGUGGGUACGCCUGUGCGUCCUGGUAUGAAGAGGGCAGCCGAAACCCAACUUUUUUGGAACGGUGGCACCUGGAGGAAACCCAAUCACAGCAAAGGAUGUUCCUACGUGAUUCCGAGGGCAGGGGCUGCUUAUGGCUUCUGCUCCUAAAAUGAGAGGGGGUGACCCGCUCUUGUGGAUGACACAUUCCACUCUGGGGAGAGAGAGAAAUGGAAAUUGUGAAAUGACUAUUUAAUCUUUCUUUUCGUAAGCUUAAAUCAUUAUGUCAACAAGCAAUGUGAAAAUCCAGGAGCCAGUGCUCUUUUCUGCCUCCAGCCCCUUGUAAAUAGAUCCUUUUCCCCCCCUUCUGUUUUCUUCCCACACCUGACUUUAAAUGCCUUUUUUAAUUUCUUUUGGUGUGUUGAUGAGCAAGGGAGGAGCUUGUUCUGACCCUUAGUGAGGCACCUCUCAAAAAACCAGCAGGAAAGAGCACUGGCCUCUGGGCAUGGGUGGUGAAACAGAAACAGGUUCUCAUUCUUCGCUUGUUUGGUGAAUGUUUUCAUGGCUAUAAAAGGUGAACCAGAGAUGGGGAUUGGGGAGACUUCUCUCACUCACUCACUUUUUUUUUUAAUUAAAUGAUUUUGCACAGAAAAAGUUGGGUGUACAGAGGAAAUGAGACGUGCUUUGAAUACUUGACGCUAUCACAGCCGAAAUGAAAUGCAGCAAUCAGUUGAUAAUUUUGGUGCACUGAGUUAGACCCACCCCAGAGCCGGUUUCCAAUUCUGGAGGCGGCUGAGUCAGAGGGAGGGUCUCCUUUAUUUUGUGUGUGUGUGUGUGUUUGACUAAUGAAUCAUUGUGAGAGCAUGUGUUCCUCUUUACUUUCUCUCUUUGCUUUGGAAGCAGGGGUUCUCAAAUUGACAGUAACUGGCAGCAAAAUUGCACAGGCCUUGACGGCAUAAGACGAGAUGACGAUAAUGAUGUGACUCAGUAAAUCAUUCCUUAACGUGCUGCCUUGGAAACAUCGUCCAUGCUCCAAGGCGCACGUCCAGAGGGGGCCAGGCCAGCCCUGAGUGGACGAAAGGACAAAAGGUGUUAACUUCCUGGCGUCUCCCAAGGCAGGCUUUGCUUGGCUGUCGCCUCUCAAAAGAAACCUGGUUCUGCUUCCCUUACCUAUCUAGGCUUCUUGAUAAGGAACCUGGUGCCUUAAGAAGAUUUGCCUCAAGUUGGAGAAAAGGUCUGCUGUCUUAAGCAGAAUGUUGGAAAAGUAGUUGUCCAAGUUAAAGGGAGUACAGCGUAGCAUCUUCAGCUGCGGAAACGGGUUUAAUUUCUGCUGUUUCGUCAUCUUUAUUGUUUGAAGCUCAUUCGCAAAUCUGGGAGGGACUCCGACACACCAUUUAACCAUUAUUAUUUCUGUCUCGGGUGUUGGUGGCAUCAGGGGUUUUUUGUGUUCAUCUCAAAUAUUCUUCGAAAUAAAGGUAUUGCAUGUUGAAGAGGUGAAUGUGUGCCCGCUGCCACUCUCAGCAGGUGAUUGUAAAAACGCUUUGAGGAGUCCUCUCCGAACCCAAACCCGUCUUCUCCUCCCGAUAUUCCCUCUGCAACUAAAAGGGGCGUCGGAGGCAGCGCUCGUGACACUUCCUUAAACUACUUGCUCCACAUUUUGCAGUCCUUUGUCGCCGUCAGAAAUCACUGUCCCGCGUUUUUGUAUGUUCUGAGAGCGAAAUCUUCCUUUCUCUGCCUUGAUUCACUACUGCUGCCUGUGUAGCUGCGGAUGCGCUGCUGGUUGGCUCAACCUUUUAAGACGCAGUUCUCCGGAGGCGUGGGCAAAGGAGCUGCGGGGAGCGGCACAGCACCCCACCCCACCCCAAAUCAGUGCCCUGCAAGGUUCAGGCUUGGGUAGUAGCAACCUGUAGUCCAAGCAGUGGUUUGCACAGAGACACAGCCAGCUUUCCCUGUUGCUCAGAAACUCCCUGGCAGGCAGAGAGGUCUAGAUGUAGAAAGUCCCUGUGCUUUGCAGAAGCACCUCUCUUCCCCCACCCCAAGCCCAAAUGCAGGCUUGAAUAAGAUGAAUCGGAGCUGGAUGCAAACAGCUUGGCGGCUGAGUGAGAGCUGGCCUGCAACCCAAGCUGCUCCUCGGCUGCCCCCCCCCCGCCUUGAUUUCAGAGCAGGGUGUUCGGCGCAUGAGCCGCCACAGCUGUGGGUGUACAGGUCAUGCGUGUGGGGCUGGGCAGCUAUUCCAAAGUGCCAUUUUCAUUUGAAAAGCAAUCCUAGGAAGUAAUAACUUAGAGCAGUGGUGGGGAAUAAUUGUGUGGCCCCCCAAUCUUGCUGGACUCCUGCUGCCAUCAGCCACAGCCAGCAUUGUCUAGAGUGAUGUGAGCAGGAGUCCAGCAAGAUAUGGGGGCCCCCCAAGGUUUCUCACCCCAAACUUAGAUACUCCUGUUUGCAAUCUCUUGACUCAACGGGCUCCGCUGCUAUCUUGGAUUGGUCUGUUUCUCUGCGUAGGACAGACACACGCCCUGCCGGUGUAGUUCAGGCCUUCUUCGCCUUCCCCAUGCAGCAAGUUGGACAGCAUCUUCCCCCCCCCCCCAAGAAUUGGAAAGGGGGCUCUCGGUUCAGAGCUCACCCCUUUAGACAGAACUCGAGAGCUCUCACCUGGAAGGCUUCAACUGCACAUUUCAGAUCUCUUGUGGUUGGGGAGGAAAGUAGCCGAAACCUUUUCUCUGCGUUACAGCCUUACUCUGAAAAUGCAGGCAAUUGGGAACGGGGAUGAACCAUGCAUGCAUUUUGGACCAGUUUACCUUCUGGGUCUCUGUGGCCCUGGCGAUCUUUCUUUUUUUAGAAGCUGAUUUUUAAGCUAUCACGUGAAAAGUGAGGUUGGAAUCCUUCCUUCUCUCCAAUGUAUUGUAUUCUACUGGGUUAGGGGGUCACAUUUUGAAUGAGUAGCUUUGCUUGCUGCUUCUUUUGUCCCCCGCUAAAUAUGAGGGCGAAUGUUCAGUCCCUUGGGCCUCGUUGGUGCUCUCUCUGCCAGGAAGGACCGUCCUCGGACGAAAGGGGGAGCGGUCUCUCUGGCCGGUAUUCUGCAAAGCACCGGUUGCGCCAGACUCUGCCAAGGGCUGGGUUGUGUCAAAGCAAACGGACUGUACAGACCAUAAUUAUUAUUAGCGAGAGAAAAUUGCAAUAGGAAACCUGUACAUUUCUCGCGGCAGAUUUCUUCGCCACCCCUUCUUCACGCUUCCAUCAGGAUUCAUGUCUGUCUCAUAUGUACAUUGUUCGAGGUUGACAAGUCUUGCAAAUGGAUUUGGAUUCCAUUCCAUGAAAUGCUAUUGGUGAAUAUUUAUUGUAUUUAAAAACGGAAACAACAAAGCUUCAAAAAAAGAGAACCUAUUAUGAAAUAAAACUUCAAUUAAAAAAUUUCCCAUGCUUUUUAACAUCUGUGUCUCCUCAUCUCUGUGGGUGUUUCUGCUGUGGAAACAGUUUGGGGAGGGGGGUUGCUCUUGCAAAUGCUGAAUUAGUGACUGGAAGCUACCAAAACGGAUGCAGCUUCUGCCACCAUACUCUGAUCAGGUUGCUAGGACUGGCUGGGGAGAAAGAUCAUGGUGGUGAUGAUGUUAAUGAUGAUGAUUCCUUUUCCCCAGACCUGGACUCAAGCUCUUAAUAUUGUUUUAAUUCUUCAUAGAAUUAAAACAGUACAAGAAACAAAUU